AUGGAGAUCCCUGGCGAAGAGGCAAAGAAUAAACCUCAUAGGAACCCCCCAGCGGGAAGAAAGAAGACCAAGCGACACCAGGGAGGACUAAAUCGGACUCACCUAGGCAAUCCCAGAUGAACCAUCUUACCAUCCCUUUCUCCUGUGAUUUUACUAGCCACACAAACUGUUCCAGUUCACUUACGCAAAACGGACCUUCUUCAACUUGGACAUUAGCGGACCAUAAAGCUUGGUCAAGGCACCCUCCCAUUAAGAAAACUAAACGAGUCCCGCCAUCCCAGGUCGUAUAUAUCAAUCUGUAAUUACCUAAAUGCAGGAUCACAAUGCCAUUUCAUACAAUGAUAUCAAUGGUGACCUUUAACUGUUCAUGGUCUGGCCCUGGGGUAGACCACGAGUCCUUACACACUUUAGGAAACAGCGACGGACCUGGAAGGGUUACAGUGGACGAGGGCCGGGACUAACUCAGACUGGUUCAGACCAAGGGUAAGGAACUGACUACCUGAACCGUCAUCAAGGGGUUAAAAAAAAAGUCUCAACCCCCCCACAUCUGGGAUUAGACCUAACUUAGCUGAAUACCACACGUUCUCCCCCUCAACCCAUAACGUUAUUAAUAUGUACAAACCUCCAUGAAGCAACCACAAACUACCAAGCGAUUAGACUCUGUGAGCUCGCCUAAAGCUCACAACACUUUAGACAUUUAAAUAUUUGGAGACAGUAGACAGCCGAGAACGAUUAGAUGUAAGAGGGGUAUUCCCCUGACACUGAAGGCUGUUCAGUAGACUCCACUCACACAAUAACACACGCGCUCCCCUACCUUCCUACCACCGCGGUCAUUUCUAGUUAGCCCACUGCAGACUUCGGGACUUCUCAGGGGCAGACCCCAGUUACUUUACAGUUGCUAAAGUGCAACAACCUAAUUGCCACAAGAACUUCAAAUUUACAUGUAUGACCGACUUGAUCUAUUGUAAAUAGUUGUGUUUAUGAUUAUACUGCACUACCUGAAUUACCCGCUACAGUAUUAUUUUUCUAUUGGUCUGUAUUGCACAAAGAACCUGUUGAUUCGCUUGGUGGUAUAUUGCGAGCAUUGUACACUGUAUGUGAUUUUUUCCAGGGCGUGGACAGAGGCACUUGAGCUAAUUUGCCAUCACUCCCCACCCUCCUCCCCUCUCCAUACCUCACUAUGGCAUCUAUAACAGUUUUAUCCCAUAACGCCAGGGGUUUAUAUACCCCCGAAAAACAUCACUUGGCCCUCACAGAUUACCACAAACGUAAGGCAGACGUGGUAUAUAUACAGGAGACGCACUUCUGCAAAAAUUCAGUUCCCUCUCUCAGAUCCAGACAUUACACGAAGGGGUAUUUCAGUAACUACACUGAAUCAAUUACCAUUCACAUACAAAGAACACGUCAGACGAUAACGAUAGAUAUCUAUUCCUGAAAGGCCAAGUAGGGUCAACACCGACAACAUUCGCCAACCUAUACCUCCCUAACAGAAAACAAUUCCAGGCACCACGCAUGAUAAUCAAAAAACUAGAAGGCUUUACAGAAGGUCUUCUGAUCCUAGGGGGGGAUCUUAACACCUCACUAGAUGGUGCACUAGAUACCACUUCCCAAACCCAAUUAUAUCAGUCAUCCACGAGAGCGCUGGUCAGAAAACUCUUAGACUCACACCAACUGUACGACUGCUGGCGCAUAACACACCUGACAGAAUGAGACUACUCGUAUUACUCAUACUCAUCAGACACCUAUUCGAGAAUUUACAUGUACCUCCUCCCACGCAGAUUUUUAAACCUGGUUAGCACAUGCAAUUAUGCCUCGAUCACCUGGUCACAUUAUGCCCCAAUAUCUCUAUCCAUCGCAAUUCCAUCCCUAUACCCCACUAGGACACAAUGGAAACUAAACGACACCCUGCUAAAUCAUCCAGAGACACAGAACAAAAUUAGGGAAUCCCUGAUUCAAUACUUCAAACUCAACGCACACCCAGACUCGGCGUAUCCUAUAAUCUGGGAAGCACACAAAAGUACAAUCAGAGGCACGUUUAUCCAAGCAGCCUCCAGACUCAAGAAACAAAGGGAAUCCCGUACCUUAUUCUUAACCAAACAGAUUAGGGAACUAGAAGAAACUCACAAAAAAAGAUCUAAACCUAGCUACAUACAAGACACUGGUGGAGAAAAGAACUGAACUAAACACUAUACUCAACGUUAGCACCAAACAUGCUCUAGCUAAAACCAGAAGCAAAUACUACGCCCAAGGGGCAAAUGCUAGCACCUUCUAGCACACACACUAAAAAAAACAAAGGGAACAUACAUUUAUAGCGGCCAUCCGAAAACCAGAGGGACAACUUUAUCACUGAAUGACAGAUAUUCUCAAAGCAUUUAAAGAUUACUACUCCUCACUUUACAACCUGAGACAAACACCCCCUUCCGCAACAGACAUCCACAAACUUUCUUUCACAAAGAAUACACUCCACUAUCCCACAAAACAUUUGUGAAUCUCUAGAUAACCCUAUAUCAACAGACGAAUGCAUAGAAGUGAUCAAACACCUUCCAGUAGGGAAAAGUCUAGGCCCAGAUGGUCUAACAGCCAAAUAUUAAAAGACCUAUACCAACAUACUAGUACCUCACUUCCAAAACACAUUUAAUUCAUUGCUCAAAACUGACAUGCUACUCCCCCCAGCCCUAAACGCAGCAAUCACACUGCUACCCAAACCGGGAAAAGACCUGACCCAGUGUGGGAGCUAUAGUUGAUAAACAUAGAUUUGAAAAUCUUCACAAAAAUAUUGGCUAAUAGAUUAUGUCCUCUACUUCCAGGACUUAUCCAUGCAGACAAAUCAGGCUUCAUCCCGGGCAGAGAAGCCAAGCACAACACAACAAAAUUACUAAACCUUAUACACCAUGCCACAAGAGCGAGGCGCCAGAGUCUACUCCUGUCAAUUGAUGCCAAAAAAAGUGUUCGAUAGGGUGGAUUGGUCCCUGAUCUCACAUACCCUACUUUUUAUGGGCUUCGGUCCACAUUGGCCAAAAUGGUUCGAAGCAAUAUACUCAAACCCCACAGCGAACAUCCGCAUGAAUGGGCAAUUAUCAGAACCAGUAAAAAUAACAAAUGGCACCAGACAGGGAUGUCCCCUAUCCCCCCUUUUCAUCCUGGUCCUUGAGCCCUUCCUCCAAGGGAUCCUGGACAACACACACAUCAGAGGAAUCACAUCAGGUACAGAGGAGCACAAGAUAGCAGCGUUUGCAGACGACAUGCUUUUCACGAUCUCUGAGCCUACGACAUCCAUACCCCCCCAAUGGCCGAGAUGAACACAUAUGGCUCUAUUUCCAACUUCAAGGCUAAUCUCAGUAAAUGCGAUAUUCUGACACUACGAAUCAGCCCCUAAGAAAAAACUAGCAUUAAAAAAAAAACACCAGUUUGUCUGGGCCACACACAGCAUAAAAUACCUAGGAAUAGACCUUACCAAAGACACAACCCAUCUAUUUGAGAGUAACUUCCCUAAACUAAUGAAAGAUAUAGCCACAGACCUCAACGCCAAGAACAAGCCACAAUUUGGAUGGUUCUGUAGGCUAAACAUCAUAAAAAUGAACAUCCUGCCCAGAAUACUAUGACUGCUACAAGUCCUACCAAUUAAGUUACCCAAGGCAUGAUUCACACUAGUCGGAAAAACACUCACAACGUACAUAUGGCCAUAUAAAAACCCACGACUAGCAUACUCACUACUUACAAGACCCAAAGAAGAAGAGGGCUUAGGCCUCCCAGACAUAGAACGCUACCACCAAGUAGUCCUCCUAACAAGAAUUUACGACUGGACACUCCCACAUUCCUCUACACAAUGGGUGACUAUAGAGAAUACAUCUUUUAGAGCACCCAUACACACGAUACCUUGUCACAAAUCGGGACAUACGGUCCUAUUACAUAACCCCCACCCGACUAUCACACCGACACUUCUCAUGUGGGCCAAACUAAGAAUACACCACCUGAUAUCCCCAUACCUGUCUCCAUUGUAUCCGAUUACACAGAAUCCUCUUUUUAAACCGGGGGAAGACGGUAGGGCAUUCAGCCACUAUCAUCACUCAGACUAUCUACAACUGGGGGAUCUCAUGGAUGACACGGGAGAACAGAUAAAAGCACUACAUGCCAUUACAGACGUACAAACCGCGAUUCAGACGUUCCAAUAUGGGCAACUCAUCCAUUUCAUUUGCACAGGUCCUCUAGCACAAAAACCAUACCAAACUCACACACGCUUUGAACAACAAUGCAAGGAACACACCUUAAAGAAAAAACUAAUAUCCGUGAUGUAGAAAACUGUAACACAAACACAAUCCCGACAUCCACCAACUGUCAUCACAACAUGGGAGAAAGAACUUAAUACAAGCAUUCCACUAGACACCUGGCGCUUCAUAUUCAAACAAAUACAUGGAUAGUCCCGAAACACAAUAACUCAAGAGGGCAACUACAAAAGGAUAGCAAGGUGGCACUACAUGCCAGCAAAACUAAAAUCACUCUUCCCCACUCUCACCAACACUCCUGGAGAUGUCACGCCCCUGCCCAGUUAUCAACAACUACUGGAAACGUAUCCAUGGUCUAAUACAGACAGUGUUAAACAUACACAUCCCAUUUACACCAGAAACUUUAAUUUUUCUUAUCCCACCCCAAACACCCAAACCCACAGCGGUCCUCCUAAUACACUUAAUAUCUGCUGCCAAUCAACUCAUCCCCACACUAUGGAAGCAACCAAACCCACCUUCCAUCCGUGAAUGGAUCCACAGAGUCGAAACAAUACGUGGCCUAGAAGAAAUGUGUUAUUCCACAACAGAUAAAUACCAAGCUUACAUUAAUACAUGGCAACCCUGGUGGGAUUACCUCAAAAACUCCACAUCAUAGAUAAAGAGACCUUAGGGCUCUACAGCCCUACUUGCUAACUCAUAACCACUUUUCCCUGCUUCCCCUCUGCCUUUUCCCCUCCACUCCAGCCACCUUAAAAGCUCCUUCAACACCAAUGCAAUGAUUUGCACCCACUUCCUCGUAACAGGUACUUAUAAUAGCACUAGAAUUAUACAGGGUAGACACACAUAACCCUGAACUGAAUGGCAAGACCUAAGACCUAUAAAUUUGCUGUAACCAUAUACAGGAUUGCACAAUUAUGAAAAUCUGUAUAGAUAUGAAAAUCUGUAUUCACUGUUAUACCCUUUUCUAUGUAGCAUCCAUUUGAAAAACUUGUUGUAUGUUUGUGAACUUUCAGUGGGAGUCACAGCUAGAUGAGGUAAAGCUAGGGCAGCAUAAACAGAAACAGAAAAGGUGAUCUAAAUCCUAAACUUCAGAGAAUUGAGAACUGCUUCAUUAAGCUACAGUUUUUUGGUGCAUAGUGUCUGUGAAGGAAUGCAGUCACUGAGUGCCAUAUCCUCAUGUGCCCGCUGUCUAUUUCUGUGGGGAGAGAUCUGUGAUGGAUGGCCUGAUUUGUUUGGCGCGGGACACAAGCUUGCGGCGCCAUUUUUGUGACUGUCCUACAUGUGUCUGUAUAUGCAGCUGUGGGUCAACAAAGGGGGCAAAGCUCUGUAAAGUAGAGUUAAGUGAAAUAUAUUGCUCUGUGCCUCUCCCCCUCCCUUUUGUGAAUGUAUUGUUUACCUGUACCUUUCCCUCGUCACCUUUCCUGUCACAGCAGGACUGCUAGCUCAGUUUCCCUUUUCCAUCCCUCCGUCAGCUUCUUGGGAUUGAAACCCCUGGUGGAUUGUGUUGGAGUCCCCAUGUAGCGGUCUUUGCAUGUAAAACCUUGUGUGACGAAAUAAACAGUCAGUCAGAGUUAUACAUCCAGAGCUUGUGCAGUUACUGGGGGGAAGAAAGGGUUAAUCCCGUGUUAGCUGUUCCAGCGUGUAGACGAUGCAGCGGGGAAGGUCCUUGUAAGGACCGAGUAGCUCCCAGGACUGUGUGCCAUCCAGCCUCUGGGAGCAAACAGAGCUAGUUCCCCUAUCCAGCUGCAUGUUUUGCCUACUUCCUUCCAUGUUUAGAAUAUGGUAUCUCAUGUGGAAAUACAAUUGUUAGGCAUGCAUCUAUCUUUCACCAGUAGGUGGCAACCAAAAUAACUUUCAAAUAGGCCUCUAGCUGUGAUCCUUAAAUUCUUUUCUGGUCAUAGAGGACCCAUAUGGCAUAUUUACUUGGCAACUCAUUCUUCAGUUUUAAAAUUGUCUCUGUGACUUAUUGCUCCUUUCCAGUACAAAAUAUUUAGUAAGGUGCUGCGUACCUACCUUAGACUCUUGACAUUUUCCAAAGGAACAAACAAUAAUACAGAAAAGGGUGCGCCAGAGGGUUAGGAAUCAGGAUAUCGCUAAAUAAGACAAAUGAGAUAAAACAAAUUAUGCACUGUCCAUAAGAUAAUAUAAAAUUGUGAAUAUAGCAAAGGACAAGCCAAAAGUCCAGGGUGAAAUCUAAAAGUGUGGGUAAGUCUAUAAACGUUUGCCUGUAUCUUCAGGUAAGUAUGCCUUCCAGGUGUUCAAAAUCCAGGGACAUAAAAGAGAAGAAAGAAAUUCAGAUAGUGCAAUAUGUAUAAAAUAUGAUAAAAGCUUGAGUAAGAGGAAAUCAAAAAUUUCCUACUCACAUGCAAUAGAGCUAAAACCAGCUCUUGUGUGAAGCGCUUGCAGUGGAUUUAUUCCUCCACUUCAAGGAUAUGGUGGAAGGUAUUGACCAGCACGUGUCUUGUCAGCAGGCUAUAUGUGAAAAUAAGGCCAUUUUGGAUUUCCUUUUACUCAAGCUUUUAUCAUAUUUUUUACAUAUCGCACUAUUGGAAUUGUUUUAUUCUCUUGUUUCUCGUGUUUUAGUCCAAAAGUCCGGUAACUCGUUUAAAAGUAUAAUCAGGAGGAAUUAUCUAAAAAAAAGUUUCUCUGAAGCUGCUAUGUUUACAGCUGCAGGAUUAAAACCUGGGGGAAUUAAAUUAAAAAAAAAAAAAAAAAAAGUAGCAAAUAAAAUUAAAAAAUAAAGGAUAAUAAUUAGUCUUAUCCUCCAAACUUGUUUAUACUUAUUCCAACCAGCUAAUCUAAAUAAAAACAUUAUUCUCAUAUAUAAAGGAACUCAGUUAACACCUGAAGGACGGCGGGUGUUCCAUGCUGUCCUUUUUGGGGUGGUCCUAAAUGCCACCGGGUGGCAUAGAAUGUCCCCACCUUCCUUACUACAUACCGGGUCCCCGCCGUUCCCACGCCUGCGGUCACGAUCCUAAAGUCUGCCUGGGAGCUCAGGUAGACCCACUCUGCGCAAUCCACCUCCCCCCCAUGCAAUUUUUCACACACAAACUGUACUUUCACUGACUAUUGUUGUGAUACAUUUUACUAUUUUUAAACACUAAUAUGUGUUCAGCGAAGUCUUCAGAGUACAACAGUGUCCCCCCCCCCAUGUACAGGUUUUAUGUUUUUUGGUCAGACAUUGGCUUGGAUUUCCUUUUUUUCACAUUGAAAUUUGCCAGAUUGGAUAUGUUGCCUUUGAGCCCGUAUGGUAGCCCAGGAAUGAAAUUGACCCCCAUGAUGGCAUACCAUUUGCUAAAGUAGACAACCCAAGGUAUUGCAAAUGUGGUAUAUCCAGUCUUUGUUAGUAGCCACUUAGUCAUAAGCACUGGCCAAAAUUAGCGUUCAAUUUAGUUUUUGCAUUUUUCACACACAAUAAAUAUAAAUGCUAACUUUGGCCAGUUUAUUUGUGGCUACUAAAAAAGACUGGACAUACCCCCAUUUGUAAUACCUUGGGUUGUCUACUUUUGAAAUGGUAUGCCAACAUGGGGUAAUUUUCAUUUCUGGGCUACCAUACACUCUCAAAGGCAACAUCUUUCAAUGUGUAUAAACUGAAAAAUUUAAUGUGCUACAUUUGACCCUGUAAUUUUCCAAAACACCAUAAAACCUGUACAUUGGGGGUACUGUUUUACUUGUGAGACAUCGCUGAAUACAAAUAUGUGUACUUUAUUUCAGUAACGGCUAACAGUAUUGUGACAGUCACAGUUAAAAUGCUAUGCAGAACUAAAAAAAAUGUAAUUUAUUUUUAAUAUUUUUAUUCAUAUUAAAUUAUGUUUAAUAUACAAAUCUUUGAUGUGACAUGAAAGCCCUGUUUCUUCUGAACAUAAUGCUAUAUACAGGGAGUGCAGAAUUAUUAGGCAAGUUGUAUUUUUGAGGAUUAAUUUUAUUAUUGAACAACAACCAUGUUCUCAAUGAACCCAAAAAACUCAUUAAUAUCAAAGCUGAAUAUUUUUGGAAGUAGUUUUUAGUUUGUUUUUAGUUUUAGCUAUGUUAGGGGGAUAUCUGUGUGUGCAGGUGACUAUUACUGUGCAUAAUUAUUAGGCAACUUAACAAAAAACAAAUAUAUACCCAUUUCAAUUAUUUAUUAUUACCAGUGAAACCAAUAUAACAUCUCAACAUUCACAAAUAUACAUUUCUGACAUUCAAAAACAAAACAAAAACAAAUCAGUGACCAAUAUAGCCACCUUUCUUUGCAAGGACACUCAAAAGCCUGCCAUCCAUGGAUUCUGUCAGUGUUUUGAUCUGUUCACCAUCAACAUUGCGUGCAGCAGCAACCACAGCCUCCCAGACACUGUUCAGAGAGGUGUACUGUUUUCCCUCCUUGUAAAUCUCACAUUUGAUGAUGGACCACAGGUUCUCAAUGGGGUUCAGAUCAGGUGAACAAGGAGGCCAUGUCAUUAGAUUUUCUUCUUUUAUACCCUUUCUUGCCAGCCACGCUGUGGAGUACUUGGACGCGUGUGAUGGAGCAUUGUCCUGCAUGAAAAUCAUGUUUUUCUUGAAGGAUGCAGACUUCUUCCUGUACCACUGCUUGAAGAAGGUGUCUUCCAGGAACUGGCAGUAGGACUGGGAGUUGAGCUUGACUCCAUCCUCAACCCGAAAAGGCCCCACAAGCUCAUCUUUGAUGAUACCAGCCCAAACCAGUACUCCACCUCCACCUUGCUGGCGUCUGAGUCGGACUGGAGCUCUCUGCCCUUUACCAAUCCAGCCACGGGCCCAUCCAUCUGGCCCAUCAAGACUCACUCUCAUUUCAUCAGUCCAUAAAACCUUAGAAAAAUCAGUCUUGAGAUAUUUCUUGGCCCAGUCUUGACGUUUCAGCUUGUGUGUCUUGUUCAGUGGUGGUCGUCUUUCAGCCUUUCUUACCUUGGCCAUGUCUCUGAGUAUUGCACACCUUGUGCUUUUGGGCACUCCAGUGAUGUUGCAGCUCUGAAAUAUGGCCAAACUGGUGGCAAGUGGCAUCGUGGCAGCUGCACGCUUGACUUUUCUCAGUUCAUGGGCAGUUAUUUUGCGCCUUGGUUUUUCCACACGCUUCUUGCGACCCUGUUGACUAUUUUGAAUGAAACGCUUGAUUGUUCGAUGAUCACGCUUCAGAAGCUUUGCAAUUUUAAGAGUGCUGCAUCCCUCUGCAAGAUAUCUCACUAUUUUUGACUUUUCUGAGCCUGUCAAGUCCUUCUUUUGACCCAUUUUGCCAAAGGAAAGGAAGUUGCCUAAUAAUUAUGCACACCUGAUAUAGGGUGUUGAUGUCAUUAGACCACACCCCUUCUCAUUACAGAGAUGCACAUCACCUAAUAUGCUUAAUUGGUAGUAGGCUUUCGAGCCUAUACAGCUUGGAGUAAGACAACAUGCAUAAAGAGGAUGAUGUGGUCAAAAUACUCAUUUGCCUAAUAAUUCUGCACUCCCUGUAAUAAGUGUGGGUGCACAUAAUAGGAAAGAUGUGAAUUACGCCUGAACAGACAUAGCACAAAUUCAAGGUUUUGUUUACGUUUUGUUUUGAUCACAACUUGUACAACUACCUCAGUCCAUAAGGGGUUAAAGAGACAAUAUGUAAACAAUAGAUAAUGCAAAAAAAAACAUUCACUCAUAAAGCCAUCACUUUAAAUAUAUUCUGGUAUAACAAAGGAAGACAGAAAUUAAUUAAACGAGAAAAAACAAACAAAAAACAGGGCUAAUAAAAUAUAAUGAAUGCAAAAGCAUAAAAACACUAUAAAAAAUUAAAAAGAUCAAACUCAAUAUUUAGUCCAUAUGGUGCCAAUGUAUUUAAUUUAUACACCCACUUCAUUUCCUAUUUUCUUAUAGUUUGAAUAUAAUUACCAUCCUUCCAUGCUUUUUCACAUUUUGUAUGCCAAGAAAAAUUAUACCAAUCGGAUCCACAGUAUGGCACUUCUUAAAGUGAGCCGAAAUACUAUGCUGCUCAUAGCCCUUCUUAAUAUUGUUGACGUGUUCAGCUAUCCUUUUAUGUAAUGGACGUAUAGUUCGUCCAAUGUAUUGUAGCCCGAAAGGGCAUAUUAACAGAUAAAUUACAUUCCUGGUAAAACAUGUUAAAAAAUCAUUUUAUAUAAAAUCCAUUAUUAUAUUUCGUUUUAAAUGUAUUUAUGCUUUUUAGUCUUAUUCUUACUGCAUUUGCAGCCUAUACAUUUUUUUGCAAGAAUAAAAACCUUUUCUAUCAGUUAAGAAAUUGCUCUUACUAUUACUACUUAUUGACUUUUCGGAAGGUUGAAUGUGGGUUAAAAUACUUUUAAAGUUUGGAAUCUGAUUAAUUUCUUCUGUGGACAGGUGUCUUUUAUACAGGUGUAACGAGCUGAGAUAAGGAGCACUCCCUCCCGAGAUCAGGCUCUGGAUCUGCCACUGGACAGACCUGGUGUAGGGCACAUUGUGUGGAGUGAUAGAGAUGUAGUAUGGGUAAGACACAUAGUGUGGGAUAGGGAUGUAGUGUGUGUAGGGCACAUAGUGACUGAGGGAGGGGGUUGGAAAUACUAUUUUUUUUUUUAUCCUAAUGGUCCAGUGUCCUGGCUACCUGGUGGUCCGGUGGUCUGUCUCUCCAGUCUGCAGCUCCACUGGGUGUGAGCCGCAGACUGUGCUAUAUCGCGCGAUAUCCUGAAGUCAGAGCGUUGCUGUGGCCAGAGAUCGCGACAUACAGCACAGUCUGCAGCUCACACCUGGCGGAGCUGCAGACUGUACUGGCUCUCUUCCCGGGCAGUUGGGAGGGGCCUCACACCUGGCGGCACACAGGGCAAGCCGCUGGGCCCCCUCUUGAGGUCAGGUCCUGCUACUGGCACGAAAUCGGAUUAGCUUUUUUUGGCUACAAAAUGUCCACCAUCACUGCAACUUUGUUUGUUCUAUUUCUUAUUCUUUAACAGAUUUUUCAUUUUAAAAUUUAGCAGGUUUUCUUAAAUGGACACUUUAUAGAAGACAGCCACUAGAGGUGGAUUUAACCCUGAAAAGAAAAGAUUAUAGUUUAAAAACAAAAACAAAAAACUUUUCUUUUUACAUUGCAGGGUGAAAAGGACAAGACCGCUGCACAUAUACCACUUUAUUAAGGGACUAUAGUGUCUCUUUAACAAGACUAUUUGUUUUAGGACACACAUUAGGGAAAAGGUUGCAGUUGCAACACCCAGACAGUUUCAAUAUACAGUCUGAUAAAGUGUAACAAAGGGCGCGUAAAUAUUUGGGCUUUUAGCAAUCACUUAUUUUUCUAAAAAUACUGGAGAAAACAUGCCCUUUUCUAUUCCACAUGUUUGUGCUCUAAACCCUUACACAAUACAAACAAAAUGGUGAAGUGAUUGUUUUAAUCUGAAUACAAAGUAUGACUGCCUUGGUGUUCAUUCUGUGUGCUAAAACAAGGGAAAUCAUGGAAUGUCAUCCGUAAGACAUGAUAGGGCUGUGUACAGAGGGAUAUUAAAGGGUUACUCCAACCACCAUGACCACUUCAGUGAUCUAAAGUUGUCAUGGUGACAGGAGUCUCUAUGUGUAGCUCCCCUUGCCAACUGAGAGUUUGCCCAUGUGCUCUAAACCAACAAAAAGGUCACAUUAAAGGUUUCUCGAUGAGGAUAGAGGACGUGAGGCCCUUGGUGCCACUGGAAGAGGCGUGGAAGGUAGCGCUGGGAGAUCCGCCUGGUGCUGGAUUCCAGAUAAAUUCAAAAUAAAAACCACAAACUUUUUUUUUUUGCAUGCUUUAUUAUUGCUAAAUUGAGGGGGGUGACUCAAAAAAACUUUUUCUUUAAAAAGAUUAGAGUAAUCCUUUAAUAUCAAUACAGGCCUCAUGGGUAUUGAUAUUGGGUACCGCCUGUGUAAAAGACACCAAAGGCACUGUUGUUUUUAAAUAUGCUGAUAUCCCACUUCAUACACCAUAUUGUUGUGGUUUAAAUUCAGCAGACAGCAAUGUUUUCUCUCAGGUAUAAAGACAAGGAAUGGACACAGCCAGUGGCGUCUCUAGGAUUCAUUUUUAGGGGGGGGCACAUUUAACCCCGCCCUCACCACAGUUUGACCCCGCCCCUGCUGCAUGUUAAGCCCCGCCCCCGACACAAUGUGUUUUUUUCUUUCUUUUUUUUUUUUUUUAAAUAAUCCCUGGUGGAGAAUUUAUUAUUUUCCACCAAGGAUUAUUAAAAAACAAACACAUUUCCAUUGAUACAGUCCAUACACACACACACAGACUGCUGAGUCCACACACACACAGACUGCUGAGUCCACACACACACACACACAGACGGCUGAGUCCAUACACACACACACACACACACACACACAUAGAGUCUGCUGAAUCCACACAGACUGCUGAAUCCAUACACACACACAGACUGCUGAGUCCAUACACACACACUGCCGAGUCCACACACGCACACAAACUGCUGAGUACAUACACACACAAACAGACUGCUGAGUCCAUACACGCACAGACUGCUGACCAUACACACACACACACACAGAGACUGCUGAGUCCAUACACACACACAGAGACUGCUGAAUCCACACAGACUGCUGAAUCCAUACACACACAGAGACUGCUGAGUCCAUACACACAGACAAACUGCUGAGUUCAUUCACACACACAGACUGCUGAGUCCAUACACACACUGCUGAGUUCAUACACACAGCCAGACUGCUGAGUCCAUACACACAUACAGACUGCUGAGUCCAUACACACAGACUGCUGAGUCCAUACGCACACACUGCUGAGUCCAUACAGACAGACUGCUGAGUCCAUACACACACACUGCUGAGUUCAUACGCACAUACAGACUGCUGAAUCCAUACACACACACUGCUGAGUUCAUACACACACAGUGCUGAGUCCAUACACACAGACUGCUGAGUCCACACACAGACAGACUGCUGAGUCCAUACACACACAGAGACUGUUGAGUCAACACACACACACAGAGACUGCUGAGUCCAUAUACACACACACACAGACUGCUGAGUCCACACACACACACACAUACACAAACUGCUGAGUACAUACACACACACUGCCGAGUCCACACACGCACACAAACUGCUGAGUACAUACACACACAGACUGCUGAGUCCAUACACGCACAGACUGCUGACCAUACACACACACACAGAGACUGCUGAGUCCAUACACACACACAGAGACUGCUGAAUCCACACAGACUGCUGAAUCCAUACACACACAGAGACUGCUGAGUCCAUACACACAGACAAACUGCUGAGUUCAUUCACACACACAGACUGCUGAGUCCAUACACACACUGCUGAGUUCAUACACACAGCCAGACUGCUGAGUCCAUACACACAGACUGCUGAGUCCAUACGCACACACUGCUGAGUCCAUACAGACAGACUGCUGAGUCCAUACACACACACUGAGUUCAUACGCAGACUGCUGAAUCCAUACACACACACUGCUGAGUUCAUGCUGAGUCCAUACACACAGACUGAGUCUGACAGACUGCCCAUACACACACACUGCUUGAGUCAACACACACACACAGAGACUGCUGAGUCCACACACACAGUGCCACACACACACACACAUGAGUCCAUACACACACACUGACAGACUGCUGAGUACAUACACACACAAACAGACUGCUGAGUCCAUACACACAGACUGCUGAGAGACUGCUGAGUCCAUACACACACACAGAGACUGCUGAAUCCACACAGACUGCUGAAUCCAUACACACACAGAGACUGCUGAGUCCAUACACACAGACAAACUGCUGAGUUCAUUCACACACACAGACUGCUGAGUCCAUACACACACUGCUGAGUUCAUACACACAGCCAGACUGCUGAGUCCAUACACACAUACAGACUGCUGAGUCCAUACACACAGACUGCUGAGUCCAUACGCACACACUGCUGAGUCCAUACAGACAGACUGCUGAGUCCAUACACACACACUGCUGAGUUCAUACGCACAUACAGACUGCUGAAUCCAUACACACACACUGCUGAGUUCAUACACACACAGUGCUGAGUCCAUACACACAGACAGACUGCUGAGUCCACACACAGACAGACUGCUGAGUCCAUACACACACAGAGACUGUUGAGUCAACACACACACACAGAGACUGCUGAGUCCAUAUACACACACACACAGACUGCUGAGUCCACACACACACACACACAUACACAAACUGCUGAGUACAUACACAUACAAACAGACUGCUGAGUCCAUACACACAUACAGACUGCUGAGUCCAUACACACACACUGCUGAGUUUAUACAGACACACUGCUGAGUCCAUACACACAUACAUACUGCUUAGUCCAUAUACACACACACUGCUGAGUCCAUAUACACACAGACAGACUGCUGAAUCCAUACACACACAGUGCUGAGUCCAUACACACAGACAGACUGCUGAGUCCAUACACACACACUGGUGAGUUCAUACACACACAGUGCUGAAUCCAUACACACACAAACUGCUGAGUCCAUACACACAUACACACUGCCGAGUCCAUACACACACACAGACAUACACACUGCUUAGUCCAUACACACAGACACACACACACAAUCUUCCUCACUGGCAGACAGACACAGACACACACACCUGAGCAUAUCAAGCCUACCUGUUGCAGGGGGUCAGACAGCCAUCUUCUUGCCUUUCCAGCAGCAGCAUCGUCUGCUGCUUAACGGCAGGUGCGGGCUUAUGUGCGAGAGGCGGGGCUUCGUUUAGGGGCAGGUCUGUGCUGGGGAGCCUGUCAGUGCUCCCUCCGGCCACAGACAGCUCCCAGCACCGUUCCAGCUGAGCUCCUCUGCCCUGCAUUCCCUCUCCCGGGCUGUAACACACUGUUACAGCCCGAGGGAAUAGAAUGUAAGAACAUGGCCAGCAAGUUGCUGGCAUUUGGGGGGGCCCAACAUGAUGUAGCGAAGCCACUGGACACAGCAGAAAUACAAGCUUGGAGGAGUAGCAUUCUGCCAUACAUUUGUGUGGAUGAGUACUGCCCUCCAAGCUUGUAUUUCUUCUGUGUCCAUUCCUUGUCUUCACACCUGAGAGAAAACAUUGCUGUCUGCUGAAUUUAAACCACAACAGGCACCCAGACAUCUCUAUAUCAAAGAAGUUGUCUGGUCCUGUUGUCUGAGCACUACAUAAAUUAUUGUUUUCUAGGAACAUCAAUGAUUGCAGUGCAGGGUUAACUACACCUCUUGUAGUUAUUCGGAAGACUUCCACCUCCUGAACCAAGCCAGACUCGGCCCGUCAAUCAAAUGCUUCUCAAAGCAAUAUUUCAUUGGACAAACUCAGCGUUUUGCAGCGAAUGCGUAAGCAUUGGAUGAGAUUGUGGAAGAGUAAGUAAGCAUGCUGUAGAAGACGAAGAGGACAGCUGCAGCCAUGGUGUCUCUGCACUGGAAAAAUGCACAUUUAAAAAAAAUGCUUUAAAAACAUAGUAGGGAAAGAUGAAAAUUUGACCCAUUUUAGGGGUACUUGAUACAGGGACUGACCCUUUAUAUUCUGGCUGAAAGGACCACUCUAGGCACCCAGACCACUUCAGCUUAAUGAAGUGGUCUGGGUGCUAGGUCCAGCUAGGGUUAACCCAUUUUUUCAUAAACAUAGCAGUUUCAGAGAAACUGCUAUGUUUAUGAAUGGGUUAAGCCUUCCCCUAUUUCCUCUAGCGGUUGUCUCAUUGACAGCCGCUAGAGGCGCUUGCGUGCUUCUCACUGUGAUUUUCACAGUGAGAGCACGCCAGCGUCCAUAGGAAAGCAUUAUGAAUGCUUUCCUAUGUGACCGGCUGAAUGCGCGCGCAGCUCUUGCCGCGCGUGCGCAUUCAGCCGACGGGGAGGAGAGAAGGAGGAUCGGAGGAGGAGAGCUCCCCGGCCAGUGCUGGAAAAAGGUACACAAAUGUAGGGCACUAUAGUGCAAGGAAAACGAGUAUGUUUUCCUGGCACUAUAGUGGUCCUUUAACCGUUGAUGAACUGCCAACUUGGCAAAUGCUAAAUCUGGUUUAUACGAAGACCUCCAUUUAUGUGUCCAGUCAGCUGGAAGCAGACAUGAUAUAUCUGUAGUAGGGUCAGGUUUGAGCCUUUUCUGUGUUGUUCCCAUUUCAUCGCUGUAUAUGAUUAUGUGCCAUUUAUCAAACAGUGCAGUGCAUUCAUCAAAAGAAUUGUCAUUUUCAAAUGUUUUCAUGUCUCUUGAAUCCAUAAUUCUAUUGUGCAUUAAAUAAAGUAGAAUUCAUAUACUUUCAAACUGAAAUCAAUUAACCCCUUAAGUACCGAAUAUGGAACUUCAGCCUAUAAAGCUCUUACUGAAAAUUAAAUGGAUCUGCGAUUGCUAAAUGGCAAUAUAUUCCAUAUGAGAGUGUCCAGGAAUAACAUAUCACGGGUCCAAUCCUCACACUGCUGGGUGGCACUUUAAUGUCAUGGAAGAUGCUAUGUAACAUAUAUUAAUGUAAUUAAAACUAAAUAAAGAUUGAUAUCCUUAUUCCCAUCUGAAGAAUAGCUCAAAUAGUAAUUAACCUACUGGGCUCGUCUUCAAGUAUAAUAAAUUCAAGCGCUGGCUUAUUAUAACAGGUAGGUAUAGAGAACCUACUUACCUGAUUGGAUGACUGUCAAUAUAAAUACAAAGUGCUGCUCUAAAGAAAGAUAUUAUUGGCAUUUAUAUAGCGCCAGCAUAUACCGCAGCACUUUACAAUAUUAUAAAAAGGGAGGACGUUUGACAAUAAAUGAGCUAAUUACAAAAUGUUACAGGAACAAUAGUCUAGAGCAGGGGUGCACAAAAGCUAGACCCCCAGAUGUUGUAGAACUACAUUGUCUAGCCUCCAUAUAACAUUGCACUGGCAAUGAGAGGGUUAACAGCCGUGCAGAGGGAGCUGGGGGAAUAGAAUGUACAGAGUGUGUUCCACAGUGAGAACUCAGCAUUCUAUCCUAUUCCCACUUUUACCUUGAUAUUUAAUGCAGCUAAGAGGGUUACCAUGGAAACCAUUCCAAAAUACUUCAAAGCGUCAUCUGAUCAUUUCUUAUUUAACCCUUCUGCUGCCAAGCAUCAGAAUAUCUCUAUUCCAGCAGUUCUGCGCUGUAGGGAUGCUAUGCAAUAAGUGGUUUGUUGCCUUAGAAACUUUGCAGAAGGGAUAUAGAAGUUGCCUGUGAUAAUGUAAAGAGAAUAAUAGUUUCCCCCCUCCCCCACUGUAAUAGAGGAACCCUUUUAUUCCCUGUAUUUGCAUAGAUUUUAUUUGAGGUAACACUGUGUAAUCUAGUGACUGGAGUCCAUACAAAUAAAUGUGAUUUUUCUUUGGGGUGGUAGAUUACUGAAAAUCUGUUAUGAAAACAAUACAUUUAACCCCUUCGUGACAGGGUAUUGAAUCUACCCUUUGACUAGCUCAUGAAAGCUCUGGCAUGUCACCGGCAGUGAAGGGGUUAACUUUUUCUGGUAUUUCAAACCCCUUAAGGACACAUGACAUGUGUGACAUGUCAUGAUUCCCUUUUAUUCCAGAAGUUUGGUCCUUAAGGGGUUAAUAAUGUCCGAAUUUUUUAGCGAAACGUGAAAAUAUGAGAAAUUUGAGGCUAAAAUAGGUGAUCAUAAAAAAAAAAAAAAAAAAACUCUUACUCCCACAGAGUCAUAGGAAGGCUAUUUUCAGCCUCAAUUCUGCCAAUCGGAUUCAAUUCACUAAAAAUCAAUGUUUAAUAAAUAAGCUACCUUUUAUUCAUGAGAGUAUCCACAAAUUCAUUUAGCAUCUUAACCCAUUAGUUGAUGAGGAGGAAAAUUUGCAUGAGUUUGAAUUGUUCCCAUCCCCCACUGAUAACACAUUAACAUGUAUGUGCAGACUGACACCCUUGCUCCCUGAGGGGGCAGGGAAGGACUUGGUUUAAAUUUUAAACCAUUAAUUUCGUGCAGCUGACCGUGAGAUGGUUAAGUGGGGUCUGAAAGCUUCUAUUUCUGUCUGAGUUGUGAAUUUGCAGGGUCUCAUUCAUGCCAAUGACAUCAGCUACCUCCCCAUGGCAACUAAAGGCUGUAGUAAAAUUCACAGGCAACGUUUGAGUCAGCCAGUGCCAAAAAGACAAGGUUGGAUCAGCUCCUAAAAAUAUAUAUAUAUAUUAAAAAAAAUCUUGAAUUAUUCAAAUCUGGUUGGAGAUACAUCUGAAGUGUACUGAUCUGCCUGAGGAUUUAUCACCUGGAAAUUGAUUUUUUGAUGGGGGGAAGAAUAAAGGACAAUAUGGGUUUAUCAGGAAUCAUAUCUGCUUGGCUGUUGAGAAAUGCACAGAGAAAAUUGUGACCUUGGAUCCUCACUCACUGUCUACUCCAGAGAGAAGCACUCACUCUCAGCAGGUGUUCUGGGUUAACAUCAAGAUGGAUCUCCGAUUCAACCCCUGUGUCCUUUGCUGAGAGCUGGUCACUGUAUGAUCACUGCCUUAGAAUGGAUUCUAAAUAGAGUGCAAGCUCACUGGAUACAGGUAAUGUGCACUAUCUAUAAUGCUUCUUAUGGUCAGAUAUGGGCUUAUUUACAGAGAAAAGCAUUGUGGGGCAAAGUUUAAAAAGUGGGUCAGUCAGAACAUUCCAUUCGUUUCCAUGGUGACUGCUCUGCAUUUAGAACUUUGCUCCACAAUAAUACUUUUUUUUUUCCCCUCCAGAAUAGUAUCCGUUUUUGCCUUAGUACAUUCCUCUGGAGGGCGAUAUGCAAAGUGCCAAUGUUGAGACAUUCUGUCUGUUUCCUUGGUGACCCAGAAUAGCACCAGCAUCAUGCCUUGAUAACCUAGAUCUAGAUGGGAUUAUAAGCAGUAAAGCUCAUAUUUCCAAAAUGUAACCAUAGGUCAGCAUUCUUCUAGAAAACCAGUGACUUGCCAGACUUUUAAUAACAAACAAAGGGGUGCAUCAAGGACUAUGUAGGGUUGUGUACUUGAUUUGUCAAUAGUGCUUGAGAAUUUGGCAAAAGCCAAUGAACAGUUUUUUGCAGAAUAGCUGAUAAUGGAGAUUAUAAUUUUCUUGAAGUCACAUAUGCAAAUAUUAUGUUUUUGCAUUAUAACAUGUACAAAUAUGACAACCUUUAUCAGUUUUUAUUUUUAUUAUUUAAAUUUUUUAUAGAAUUCCAUUAGUUUCUGUAGUGCUUUCUGUAAAUCCAGUGCUCCCCCCUCAAAAUGUCUUGCUUUGCGUUGAUAAAUACAGCUUCUGGAGGUUUAAAUGUCCUAUAACCAGUAUGUCUAAAAAUACACAAAAAUUGACUUCAAUCUUGCAGCUGUGUUUAUACUGGUUAAGUGUGGCUCAAACUGUAUCACUGUAGUAGUUAUGGUUGCACUGUUUUAACUGUGCAUAACACUUCUCUGUGGUGAUGUGCAGAGCAUGAAAAGUGCUGACCUGCCUUAUGUAGAAUUAAUUUGCUGUAGGAACAUAAUUUAUUGAUCAAAGCGAGAUCUCAAAGGAACUGCCUUCUUAAGUUAAUUGACUUUCUUCCUUACACCUUUUUUUUGAAUACUACAACGCAGCACUUGUGCUAAUCAUCUGUAGGAAAAAACGUUCAGGAAUAAUAUGGCAAAUCUUUGCAAAUUCGUACAAGUGCUAUGGACAUUGUAUCUAAACCCUAUGUUGUGCCAAGAAUUGUAAAGCCUAUUUUUAAACCUGACUCCCAUUGGAUUUGCUGAUGAUCUGAUGACCCCCAUUUGUUUUUGUAUAAGAAAGGUCAUGCUCCUCUCCUUUCUAUGAAACCCGUACUAGGCCUGUACACCAAUUUUUGUGGUUCGGACAAAUUGCAUAUGUGUAAUUUCUGAUUUAAUCUUUAAAUAAAAUCAAAAUCUAGUUGCUGCCCCUAGCCAUCAAUCACCCCUCACAUCUUUAGCCAUGAACAAAUCUCUGAAUAACAAACAAACAAAAUUACUUUCCAUUGCCCACUUUGAUUGUUCCUUGAUUCGGCAAUGUAGUGAUUUCGGGGUUGUGGAAUUCAGACCAAUUGCCAAAACGUCAGGUGAACUGUGAUUUGUUUGAAAUCAAAUGUAUAAGUCUAAUAGUUACUGUGCUUUUACUGAUCUUUGUGAAACUAUGUAUCAGAUGGGCAUUCUAUCUUACUUGGUGAAAGAGCUGUUAAAAUAUGCACCAAAUUGAAUGAAUAUUCAACUUCCCCUCUUCGUUACACAUAAACGGCUGUGCUACUUAUUCAUAUUGAUCGAUAGGUUUCUCAAUAUAAGUAAAAGUGAUAGGAGCCGCACUCAAUCCCUGCAGCCACUCGGUGCUCUGGAGCAGGACCAGCAAUCCCACAACGAUAAGGCAACACAAGAAACUCUCCAGGCAUUCAAGGUGUUAAAGCGGCAGGCAGUUUUAAUGAAACCAAAAAAAAAAGGGGGGGGUGGCAGGUUACGGUCUUUGCCCGUAAGGUAUGAAUUUUAUAUUCACCCAUGGAUUCAUGCAUUUUUAUUUUUUUGUAAUAUUCCUUUUGAUUGUGAAUGGAUUGUGCAACUAGUGGACAUGCUUUCAGGGUUGCUAUCAAUAUAAUAGGCUGAUCGCCCAAUAGUUCUCCUUACUGUUAUGAAUUGUUCCCCAUCAGGUCCUCUCCAAAGUAAAUUACAAUGUUGACUGAAUACAUUUAACGAAUAUAUUUGCCUAAUUUGCGUGCUAUGGUAGACAAUGUGUUAAGGUUUAUGGCUGUCCAUUUCAGUAGUGCUCAUCCAUCCAUGUGAAAUGCAAUAAACAGUUAAUUAUUAAACAAAUGAACCCCCCAUCCAUACCUCAGAUUUAUUAGGUCAUACCCACCCCCACAUGUUGCUCAACUCCAUGUCAAUGAAUUAACGCUAUUCCGGCGGCUCACCCAAGUCUGGACCAGAGGAUGCUCAGACCAUUGUUUCAUUGCAAUGGCAAUUGGGGUAUAAAGAGUCCAACUUUCCAUUUCCUUGGGUCAACUUCAACAAUCGCUUUGACCACCCUAUCAGCCAGUGGUAGGGGUGGGCUCAGGUCACUAUGCUGAGUUUCCCAUUAAGCAGAGUAGUCCUAUAUCGGGCCCCUAUUUACAGCAAUUACAAUGUGUAUUUUAAGCUAAGAUGGACUGGUGAGGGGAGAGGAGUACCAGGGGCUUUGGCCAAUAUCCUCUGUAGUCCAGCCAGCCUCCUAUGCUGGAUAGCAAGGCUGCAGGAACAGAUAUAGACGGUGUAAUACUCCUUGCUCCUCCAGUGUCUGUGUGUGAGGCUGGACAGGAAGUGGAAGGGAUCACUUCCCAUCUGCCCACUAGCAGCCUCUCACACAGGAAGUGCCUUGCCGGAGGAGCAGAGACUGCAUGCUGCACAGCAGCUAUACUUUCACUAUUAGGAGGGUGAGUACUUUGCAAAUAAACUCCACAUGCCUGUACCCAAAACACCCCUUUUUCCUCAAGCAAAAGUGAACCCCUCCUAAAACCUAAACCCAUUCCCUGUUCCCAAUAUUAAGAACUCUGCCUAAAACAUCCUAUGUACCCCAAUAUUAAAGUAUUCCCACUCUAACCUUAAACCCAUUCAUUCUAAACACCCCUUAUAAUACAACUAUAAAACACCUCUAGUGUUUAAUCCACUAAGCACACAAUUUAAUCUAACUCUGACAAUAUAGUUAACUUUAUGGCUGAAGGUCACUAUAGCGUUGGCAAUAUAUUUUUGUCUUCCUAAUGCUACAAUGUUCCUUGUAAGGCUGGGCUGAGGAAGAGCUCAUCCUGAUCCUGCACAGAAGCACAAGUAUGACUGAACAAUUACUUUAUUUUUAAAAUCUCUAUUUGAAUACAUAUUUUUUAUAAAUGUUUAAAUAAAAAGGGUGUAUGUGGGGGGUGUCUAAAAGAACAGAAAGGGCGGUGAGGUAAGAGUAAAAGUCCUAAAGAAAGAUAGGAGUGUAUGUGGGAGGAGGUGAUCCUGGUAGGCCCCAAAAUAUCUUGAUCCUCCAAUGUGCAUAACUCUUUCCACUUGUAUUAAUGUUCCAGAGCCUGUUUAAAAGAAAAAACUUUCUUUAUUUUGACGUGCAGUGAGAUAAUGUGACAGACGUUAACGUGCACAGGGGUAUAAUAUUCAUCAUAAGCAGAUUACAAGAAAUUUUCAACACAAAUGUAAAUACAAUCAAUAGCAUUUUAGAGGUGUGCUGAGGAAUAAAUGACUGCCCUUUUUUUUAUAGAAAAGUAAGUCAGUGAUUCAAAUAUUUUUUAUUUUUAUAAAAAUUUUUUCAUUGUUUAUUUGUAGUUAAAUGUAAAGUAAAAUAGGGAUACAGAAGAAAAAGGGGAAAGGGAACUCUUAACAUCAUGUUUGUCAGACCCCAUAUUUGCUAUAUAUGUCACCAGAUCUGGUCAUACAGGCACAUUUAGACCGUUCAACAUUGUAUUUAUACACAAUAGUUCUGUUCCCAUUGUUUGAAAGUAUCAUGUAUACCAUUUUAAGUGUCAAUGUACGUACAUAGUGGUGGUGGUGCCUGCGGCCUGUCACAGUGAUUAUAUUCCUUCUUAUUUGAGGGGCUUGGAGUACAAGUUAUGUGUGAAGGGUAAAAACUGUUAGGGGGUAGAAAAAAAAACAAAACAUAGGGGAAGGAGGAAUUUGUUUAGACUGGUCGCAGAGUUGGGGAUCAAUUCGUCUAGGCUGCGAUGCACUUAGGUUAUGAUUAUAAGGUUAUGGGACUGCUCGUGUGGUGUUUAUUCUUUAACUCCCAUUUAUUCCAUGCUAAAACCCAGAAGUUUUCCUUUGUUUGCGCUUUCCUUUGUUUGCGCUUUCCUUGCUGCUGUUUCAUAUUGUUUGGUAGUUUCCACCCCCUCUAUACAAUGUGUUAUGCAGGGGGCUGUGUCUUUCAACCAGUUCCUGCCUAUGGCAGUUAAGGCUGUAAUGAUGAUAUGGUACGCAAGGUAUGCGUCCGGUUUCUGUAGUGUUUUGGGCCAUAUGAGUAGCAGAUAGGACAGUGGGGUAUGCGGUAGCUUUACACCUGUGGUGUCCUCUAUGAGGCCUGAAAUAUCUAACCAGAAUUUUGUCAAUUUCGUACAUCCCCACCAGACAUGGGUCAUAGACCCAGGCUUUGCACCACAUCUCCAACAGACAUCCGGUUUGGUGCAGUCUAUUUUGUACAGCUUUGAGGGCACCAUAUACCACCGGUAUAGGAGCUUCCUACUUAUUUCUAUGUGUGCUGUGUUUAAUGUGAGCAUUUUGUGAGCUCUCUGUGUCUGUAGCCAUUCCUCAGGCGUCAGUAUGUGGUCAAGUUCCCUUUCCCAUGCUUUAAUAAAGUUGAGUUUUUUUGUGGUGGUGUUGUGUUCGAGCAAUCUAUAUAGAGAGGACAGGAGUCGUAAUGGUGGUUUGUCUGCCAUACAUAAGUGUUCUAUCUCGUUAAGCACAUAUCCUCGUGUCUGGGAGUUGUCAUAGUGUUUGGUUACCCAUGAUUUCAAUUGCAGGUAUGAGAAGAAGAGUGUGGAAGGUAGAUUGUAUUUGUUGCAUAACAUAAUCACUUAUAUGGCCGUUUGUUAGUACCUGUGAUAUGUAGGACACUCCAAAGGAGUUCCAUGUUUUAUAUUCAAAUCCUGGGAUCAAAACCUUUAGUGCCUGGAGUUGAAAGUUUUGGGAGAAUUGGGCUUUUUUUAUUUUGUUUUUUAACCAGAUUGUUCCAUACUUUGAGUGUAGAUAUUGUUGUUGGGCAUAUGUUUUUGUAGUGUGGCCUUUUGUCUACAGGUAUCCAGGCUAGAGUGUGUAGUGGCAUUCCUUCGGUGCAUGCCGCUUCUAUUUGGUUCCACGCCAGUGGUGUUUUGUGGUGGUGUAUGUUUACAAGUGUGCUUAUCAUAGCAGCCUCGUAGUAUCUUGUGACGUUUGGGACCCCCAUUCUGCCAAGUUUGAAGGGUUUGUAUAAAGUCUCUGCUGCUGUUCUGGCUCUUUUCCCACCCCAUAUAAAUUUUAUUUAGAGAUCGCUGGGCAUCUAUGAGAAAUAGUUUUGGGAGAGCUAUCUGUAGGGUUCUGAAGAGGUAUUGCAGACGUGGCAACACCAUCAUUUUUGCCGCCGCUAUUCUGCCUAUCCACGACACAUAUUUCCCCUUCCAGCCCUGCAUUUGAUUUUUUUUAUCUCCCGGAGGAGUUUCUCAUAGUUGGCCUGGUACAAUUUACGUGUGGUUGGUGUGAGUGAUAUGCCUAGAAAAUUGAGGUGGUCGCGUCUCCAAUCAUAUGUGUAUUUACUUUGCAGAUUUUGGAGCCUUGGGGUUUGUAUGUUGAAGCUCAUGGCCUGGGUCUUGGUGACAUUUAGUUUGUAAUAUGAGCAGUUGCUAAAUUGCUGUAUUACUGUUUGUAAUGUUGGUAGAGAUAUUUCAGGUUUAGUCAGGGUCAGCAUCACAUCAUCAGCAAACAACGUGAUUUUAUGCGUUAUAUUGCCAAUUGUUAUCCCGUGUAUAUUUUGGUUUUCCCUGAUGUGUUGAGCUAGUGGCUCCAGAGCUAGGAUAUACAACAAGGGUGACAGUGGGCAUCCCUGUCUGGAUCCGUUCAAUAUUCGGAAUUGUCUGGAAGCAAAGCCUCCAUUGAUCACCUUUGCAUUUGGCUCGUUGUAUAGGGCCGAGACCAGUGUAAGAAAGCGUUGUGGGAAGUGAUAUUUCUUAAGUACAGCUUCAAGGUAUCCCCAGUGCAGCCUGUCAAAUGCUUUUUCAGCAUCUAGUGACAGGGCCACACUAGGUUCCCGGGUUUGCUGGAUGUUGUGAAUGAGGUCAAUUAGUUUUCUGGUUCCAUCGGAGCCCUGUCUGCCCUUGACGAAUCCCACUUGGUCGUCUUUUAUUAGAGAUGGUAAAAAAUUCCCCAAUCUAGUUGCAUAUAUUUUUGCCAUUAUCUUUAGGUCUGUGUUCAAUAAUGAAAUUGGGCAUAGGUUUUGGCAUUUGUGUGGUAGUUUACCAGGUUUGGGUAAUGUUGUUAUAUGUGCAAUCAACAUCUCUUGGGGAGGGAUUCCGGUGGACAGUAUAUGAUUGUAUAAGUUCACUAGGUGAGGUGUCAAUGUGUGUGAAAAAAUCUUAUAAUAUGGGUUCGUAAACCCAUCUGGGCCUGGGGAUUUUCCAUUAGGAAGCAUUUUUAUCGUCUGUUGUAUUUCACUAAGUGUGAUGGGUUUUUCUAAUUCUAGUCGGUCAUCUGGUGUUAUAUUAGUUAGCUUUACUUCCCUUAAGAAGUCUGCUAUGUUGGAUGUGAGAGGCUGAUGUGUGUUGCCGUCGUUUUUUAGGUUAUAUAAUCCUUCAUAAUAAUCCGCCAUCAUAUCGUUUAUGUCCUGUGGGUUAUAAAUUUUGUUUCCCUGCUCGUUGAAGAGGAAAGGUAUUUUGGCAUUCUGUUGUUUCUGUCAGAGUGUCGAUGCCAGUGCUUUCCCCGCCUUAUUUCCUUGUGUAUAUGAGUUGAGUUUUAGUCUAUGCAUGAUGUUCACUGUCUUUAGUGUAUGUAUUUCGUUGAUUUGUUUCUGUAUGUGUUGUAUGUGUUGUUGUUUGUCCGGUGAUGGCUGUGAUAUUUGGGCUCUAGUUUCGUCUCUAAGGGAUCUAAGUAGGUGUACAUACUCCUGAUUUGACUUGCGCUUGAGAUAGGAUGCUCUACUUAUGAGAUGUCCGCGGAUAACUGCCUUAUGAGCCUGCCACACCGUGGCCGGUGACAUAUCAGGGGUGUUGUUUUGUGCAAAGUAUGAUAUUAUUUCUGAGUUUAACGUGUGGCUAAAUUCUGGGUUUUGUAGCAGGGUAUCGUUCAAACGCCAGGGCGUUGUUCCUCGGAAGGCAAAAUUAUCUCUGAUUGUUAUCCAGCUAGCAGCAUGGUCUCACCAGGUGAUAUUGCCUAUAUCGCUAUGGGUUACGUGUGGUAGUAGAUCACCUGUGAUUAGUAUGUAGUCAAUCCUAGAGUAUGUAUGAUGGACAGGCGAGUAGAAUGUAAAUUCCCGGUCAUCUGGGUGUUGUGUCCUCCAGAUGUCAUAUAGUCCAUAUUCCGAGAGUAGUCGUGUUAAUGCUGCUGUUUGUUUGCAUAUGCUUUUAUAUCUAGGUGAUGUAUGUGGUAAGGUGGUAUCUAAUUUGGGCUGUAGGACGUGGUUGACGUCUCCACAUAUAAUUUGGGGAAUGUGGGUCGUGGACGGCAGUUUCGCUAGCAUCUUGUGGAGAAAAUUUUUCUGAUUAUCGUUUGGCCCGUAGAAACUUUCUAUGAGAUAUUGUAUAUUUAUUUUGCAAUGCAGUAUGAUAUACCUGCCCUGUGUAUCUCUUUUUAGUUGCAGGAGUUCAAAUGUGAGAGAUUUAUGAAUGAGUAUGGAGACUCCCCUAGAUUUGGAGGAGUACGUUGAAUGAUAUUGUGUUGGGUAAUCUCUGUAGUCGAAUGUUGGGACUCUGUUGUGUACAAAAUGUGUCUCCUGCACACAGAGUAUAUCCGUUUUGUGUUUUUGUGCUUCUUCCAACAGUAGUCUGCGUUUAUGCGGUGUAUUUAACCCGCGGGUAUUAAUUGAUUGUACUUUCAUCUACUAAGUGCGGAUGUGAUGUGAUUGCUAGGCAUUGAAGCAUACAAGUCAUUUGUCUAUUGUUUACGGCAGGCUGUGGUGUCGUGGGAGCUUGCAUUAGUGAGGUGAGAAUUAUGUGGUAUUUCAAUGUUAUGAUAUUGGGUCCCAUUUUUUGUUGCAUGUUAUCUCUUGUGCGUGCGCUGUCUAGUUCUGCGUUGGCAUAGAUGUUGCUUAUGUUUUUUGUUGAUCCGAUGGAGGUAUUUACGAGGGGUUUAAAACUUGGAGGGGGAGGGAUAACUAUGUACAUUGUGUCUCGUUGUGAGACAAGGUGUGGAUUUGUCACACCAUGGGGGUUGGAGUUGGUUUUUAUCUUCAUUAGCGUGGUCCAUGGGCUGUAUUUAGAAGUCACUGCAUGAUGUUCUAUGUUUGGUUUGGUUGUACGUAUCUGAGUAGGACAGUUAUGGAGUUGGGUCUCUACCCACAUUUACACUUCAAAUGUGGACACUCACGGGGUAUCCACGUUCGGGACAGGGGGCGGCCGCGGCAGGCCGGUUUGUUAACGGACCCCAGCAGGAUAUCUCCAUGGUUUGGGCAUGCUUGUCAUCAGUUUGGAUGUCGUGGAAGUUAUUCCUGUUGGAGGCCACUGUGUAUAUAGCUAAAUUAAAGCUAGUCAGUGUGUUACGUCGUCCCUAUAGUUGCUGUUCGGGUAGGGGUCAGUCAGAGGGGGCCUUCCUUAUUAGUAGCGUGUUCAUGUUAGGUUAUGUCACUGUCUAUAGUGAGUAUAUCCCUACCUUAAAACUCUCUUAUCAAAUAGCAUAUUACAUUACAUCUCCCCAGUCCCUCCCCCUCCUUCCCGGCCAUUUCGUAUUACUUCCCUUCCGCUACUCUCUUCCCUCUCUUUUGUGCUUUAAAAAAUAAAAAUUAAAUUGAGGCUAAAAUUGAGAGAAAAAUUAAGAGCGAAGCAGAAAUAAAGCCAAGUCUCUCAGUCCGUAUGUCUUUAUGGGUUUCCAUGUGGUCCGUCAUGGUAUCCUGUCUCCCUUGCAGGAGUACCUGAAAUAGUGCAUGUUUCUUACCCAAGAUGGUCUCCUAUCAGAGACGCAGCCUUGGGCUUGGGUCUCCCGCAUCGGUUCCACUGCUCUGCCUUUCUUCGUCACAGGGGAUGUUGGGAGCCCCGGAUCCAACAGUCAAUCCAGACUCGUGCAGAAGCCAUCCCCAGCCGGAGAUGUGGCUCCAGAUCCGGCUCUCCCGCACCGAUAACCCUGCUCUGCACCGCUUCGUCGCAGGGGGGUGGCGGAAGCCCCGGAUCCGGCGGUCCACAUCGUUCAGCGGGCCCAUCUGGUGCCAGGCCAGGCCAAAGCAGGUUCGUGGCUAUUUUAAGAAGAGUAGUUCCUUAUGGGUCGUGUUCGUCGUGGGUGUAGGCUACGUAGAGUAUUUUGUCCGAUGUGUGCCGUUAAACCAGGGAUCGUCUGGUGUUAAUGUUUCUUUUGGUGCAUUGUCCAUUCUGCUUUAAGCUUUCCGUUUGUCUUUGGUAUAUUCUGGGGGUCAGGUUUUAGUUGUAUGUCCCAACCUUGUAAUUUCUGCUCACCAUCUUCAGGUGUUUGUAUCACCGUUGUUUUUCCUUCUUUUGUUAUGAUAAGUUUUGUGGGGAAACCCCACUUAUAACGGAUGCCAUGCGCUCACAAUGCUCCUGUUACCUGGGAGAACUCCUUCCUUCUCCGGAGCGUGGCUGCAGAGAGAUCCGCAUAUAUCCGGAUUGUGGCAUAUUCCUCCGGCGGCCUGGCUCGUGUUCUGCAGCUUCUGAGUAUAUGCUCUUUAACAUGGAAAUAGUGAGCUCUCAGUAAUAUAUCUCUUGGGACCGUAGGAGGGAGAUGGCGCGGUUUUGGGAUGCGGUGCAUUCUAUCUAUUAACAGCAUAUCCGUUGGUAUCUCAGGUGCAUGGGCUUUCAAGCAGCCCCUAAUGUAGGAAGGCAAGUCAUCGUUGGGAAUUUCUUCAGGGAUUCCCUGUAGUCGGAGGUUGUUCCGGCGGGAACGAUCCUCCAUGUCUGUUAAUUUUUCUUCCAUAUUCUUUAAUUGUGUGGAGAGUUGUUCCACAUUUGUAGCUAAAUCAUUAUGCGCUGUAGCGAAUUCGUCGUAUUUAUCCUCCAUGUUUGUUGUUCCUCUCCCCAGUUCCUGUAUAUCUUUUUUCAAAGAAUCUGCGGUAUGUUGCCAUGUUAUUAGCUUGUUCGAUAAUAUUUCCAGAGCAGCUGAAAGAUCUGCCUUUGUGAUUUGUGUGCCGUUUGUUUGUGUGCUGUGUCUUGAGCACUGUUUGCCUUCGUCGGAUUCAGGAUCCUCGGUGUCGAUCGAGGCCUGUUCCACCGGAGCCACAGACGCCGGCUUCUGACUGAAAAAAUUAAGUUUGUCGGGUUUCGCCGAACCCCUUUUGUUUUUAUGUUGUGAUAUCCUCGUUGAAGGUCGCUGGAUGCAGUUUCUGUUAGUAGGAUUGUCGCGCAUUAGGUGCCCAUAUGGCGGAGCAGAUUUUCAUGCGGCCAUCUUGCUCUGCGUAGGCCACGCCCCCCCAGUGAUUCAAAUUUAAGAAUUGGUAAGUAGAGAAGGAACUAAAGGUACUGAACAGGUUGCUAUCAAUUUCCUAAGCUGAGAUGAUUAUUAAACAGAAAAUAAUAUUAUGCUCCGCGGCUCAGAGAGGACAGAGCACCAUGACCACUAGAUGCCAUCAGCACUGCAAAAGGUAGUUAAGUGAGAAGGAAACAUAGUGUCAGCAAUCCAGGCAAGGGUUGAUACAUGUCAGUGAAAUAAAAACAAGGCAAUAACUGAAAUGCACACCACAGGUAGUAAAUUGUGGGCAGUUCACCCUAUCCCCAGACUUGGCUUCUAACCUCCUUGGUUAGUGAAAGCACCAGUGACCCAGAACUGGCCACUCAGUCUGCCCCAGGCUUGAGUGGGAACACAUUGUCGGUUCCUGCUGGUCCAGUGCGGUUUAGUGUUAGCUUGGUCUUGAAGUUUCUCUCUCCGGCACUCUGCCCGGGAUUGCGGUGAUGAGCUUUGGUCGCCUUGUGGCUCUGGUAAGUGCGAGGGGGUUGAUCGGGUCGCUUCUGCAGGUGAAAGUAGCGCGGUGUGGAGAUUAUUUGCCUGACGAGGUUAGGCGUGGAUCGGUGAGUAUCAGGAGGUGAGCCUUGCAGUGAGCUGCUGCCCUGCUUCCUCUCCACACGUUGCUUGUGCCGGUCAGCUAGUUUGAGUCAAAAGUUGGCGAAGAUUUCGUCCAAGCGCCUCAUAGAUGUCUCCAGUCUGCCAUCACAUCGGGCAUCCGCUAUUUUAGCCAUGGAUGUUAGGAAGGCCUCAGAGUGCCGGGGCUUUUGGAAGAUCACAGAGGCUCCUUUAGUUUGAUGUGCCGGGAUAUCUCUCACUGGCAGGGAGGGGAAUGGGGAACCCUUCCACCUUUCCACGUCCUGGCAGGGAUUUCGGCCAUUUCUCCCCAGCUGCCCCCACAGGUAGGCCUCAGAGAUGCUUUGGGGUAAUACCACCAGUCAAGCGGCUAAACGCCUCAAAAUGUGUGUCGCAGAGUGUCUGCAACAGGAGUUGUCAAGUUUACUUAAGUGUUGAGUUGAUUUUUAGUGCGACUGUUCAGUAUGGCGGUCAGGCCCCGCUCCGGUCUGUUAUUUUUGUGUCCAUUUUUCUAAACACCGCUUCACACACACACUUACAAACAUGGAUACACUGAUAAAUAUUUACAUCUACAUCCACACUCACACAUACAGUUUCAUACAUAUGCGGAAGCACUAGGCUUAUGUAUGGUUAAGAAAAUGAGUUUAAAGGGACACUAUGGUCACCCGAGCCACUACAGCUAAAGCCUUUUUAUUUAUUUAUUUUAGCGGUCUGUUUUUUUUUAUUUUAAUAGUUUGAUGCCACAUUAUGUAUUUUUGUUUGACCUCUUUUUAGUUUAUUGCCUUCCCCCCACUAUUAUUAGAGUGAGGUGGGGCAGUAGGUAGGGUUUUUAUUGAUUGGAGUCACCGGGGGAGUAGUUAUUUUUACAACUGGCCCCCACUCGCCACUAAUGGGUGGGGACUGUCAGGUCCCCCUUUAUUGGAUUGGGGAGGUUUAUUUAUUUUUACAACUGUGAGCAGCCUCUGGAUGCUCAUUGUUUAGUAGACCUUCCCGUACUCAUGGCACAGCUAGUAGGGGCAGGAGGGAGAAUUAUGCUAACCUGCGUUUCAUACUGACCCCCAUUAGAGUGGGGGAGUGCGUGGUGGGAUUUAGAAAGUGGUGGGGAGCACAGCUUCCUGAUACUUCUUUUUCUAUAUUACAAGGAGAGAGCUGCAAGCUGGUAGAUCCCUCCUUGUAAUAAACUAAACAAACAAUACCGAAUUGCAGAAAUUUGGUCUUAAAUUUCGGACAGUAGCGAAUACCCAAGUGUUUAAUUGGGCAUUUGCGCAAAUUUUAUAGACCGAGUUCGUGUAGAUACAAGUCAUCCAGGACACACAAAUUUGGUGGUGCCUAGAACAUGGAUCCGAACAUAAAAAUAGAGGUAAAAUAAAAAAAAUUACCUUGUGUCAUUUGGGGGUGACUAGGGGGACAAUCAAAUGUAGAGGAGUCGAGAGGGGGUUUAAAAAAAACAAAACAAAAAAAAAACUGAUGUGGCCAUGACAGUCCUGCUUUGAUGUAUAGAUAUCUAUAUAUUUUGCAGUACACUGAUAGGCACAUUUCUGCGCCAUUUGAUUUACAGAUCAAGUGACAAAUAGCCAACCGAUAUAUAAUUUAAUUUUUUUUUCUCCUCUAUUGGACACUUCUCUCUUGAAAUGUGAAUAAAAUCAGCAAUUCAUGGCUGUCCACUAACCAUCAGUCAUCUUAUUUUCCAUUAAUUCACAGAUCCCUAUACCCACAUACAAUCACCCCAAGAUACAUACAGACUUGUAUGUAAAUCAUUUCAUGGGAUGGUCAACUCCUGCUACCAGACUGAUAUAAAUUACUUAGACUACUUGAGGGUGCCCAGGUAUGCCGCCGGGAUCUGCCACUGGUGUUUUCUACUAUCUUUAAUACACAUAUUGGAAAGCAGUAUUCUCUGUGAAGUUGAUCUGUAUCUGCUUUGCUUCAUCAAAGUAUAUGCACUCUUUCUCAGAAGUCUCGAGUAAAUAACAGUUCUAGCAGAUGUACUGUGGAUAUGAAGUGGCGGAAGAGGUGUUACAGAUGCAGGAGAGCAGGGUGUAAUUUAGGGUGGUAAAAUAACACCGUACACUGUAUUUGUGGAGAUCAUUGUGUCUGAACUAAUUCACACGAGGUAUUUAGGCUGGAAUAGUGAAGGUGACUGCAUUAUAGUGUUUAGGAAAAAUAAAAAUCUUACCUUUAAUCAUGGUUUUUAAAUGAUUUGCUUUGUUUCUGUACGCUUAGAUGUAUUGCCAUGUUUAGAAAAUUUUUCGAAAGUUAAGUCAUACAUCUUUUAUAAUGUGUGCGUAUUUUGUGUUUUCGUUUACAUACUCCUAGUACUGUAAAGAAAAUGCCAUGAUGACCAAAUACAGGGAUUGUUCCUUUAAAAAGAAAAAAUAUGGUGUGUGUGUGUGUAUAUAUAGUGUGUGUUGAUAUUAAUAAUACCCCUGAACAGGGGGGGGGGGGAGUUGUUCUUUUCAGUACUACAUAGAAAUAAAAUAUAAGCUGGUUAAAAUCAAAAUUUAACAAUUUGUGGUAAUCAUAUGGAGCCUAACACAGUAGAACGCCAGUGAGAGCUCAAGUAGGGACUCCUACAGAAGUGUCCGAUGCGCACAUUUGAGUAGAAAAUGGGGUUGUAACUGCCGAGUCCUAGCGAUGGGGUGACUUGCUAGCCAUGCACGAACCUGUUUGUUCAAGCAAGUCCUGCGGGAGACCCAAGGUCACCAGAAUCUUGGCCACCCACUGAAAAUCCUCAACUGGAUAUGAUGAUUCUCUAUGGAGGGCAAAGAUCGUUCGUGACAUUUGCCAGUGAUAUCUAAUGUGUUAACGAAGGAAAGAUGGUGGUACACGCCAUGCCAGUGUAUCAGUAGAGAGAUCAGGUAAGAGACGUAGUCUCAGUCAUACAGAGAGUUUCCCCUGAUAGCAGCCAAGACUGCAGCUUUAAAUCUGCCACUCUGACAGCAAACCCCCAAGUCUCUUGGAGCUUUAGUUGAUCUGGGGAGACAGGGAAAAAAACAUUAAAUUCUAUGGCCUUGGCUUGUUUGGGUGACAACAAAGGGUCGCAUGUCUUCCAGUGUAGCAAAUCUCAAAUUAAGUAUGCCGUUGCUACAUCUCUUGUAUUGCCUGCUGGAGCGAAGUAGAAUUAUGUUGGGUGUUCCUUUAAGUGUUCUGUUCCAGGGCACCCAGUCGAUAUGUCAGGCCUUGCAGAUCUUUGCAGAUUGUGACCACAUCGACCUGAAUAGUUUGCUUGAGAUCCACCAAAAGUUCCUUCAGCACAGCCGUCGUCACCAGAGAAGAGUCCGGCUUUGGCAUAUGUGUAGAAGGUAUUUGUUAGGACUCAGCUUCUAUGCACAAGUCAUUGAAUCGGUCAGAAAAAUCUUCUGGGUAGAAGGCCAUCAUGGGCUUAAGAGCGCCAUGUGCCCUACUGUAUUAGAUCAUCAGUAUUCAUGCACAGCCGGGGCUUCUCAAGUUUUUAUUUUUAAGCCUUUCGACCCAUGUUGUGUUGGCAGACCUGGUAGUCCAACUAUUAUCACGUCUGCACUUGGCAGAGGUUGAGACUAGAGGCUCUUUUCCUUACAGUGGGUUCAGCAGGCAGGUGAGAGAGAUCUUUGAUCUCCCCACAGGCCCAUAAAGACAUACAUUCUCCAUGUUCUAAAUUUCAUUUUAGUUGCAUAAAUUGUUAUAAAUAUUCUCAGAACAGCCCUGCCCCUGGCCACACCAUCAGGCGCACCCUUAAAGUUAGUGUUCCUCUUUAUCCAUUAGAAAUGCUGGGGAAAUGAUAUAGACCUGGUAUAUUUAUUAUUAUUUUGGUAAUGUUACAUUUAAAAAAUUUUCAGCUUAUUUUAAUUUGUGGAUAAAAUUAUCUGGUUGGGACACGUUAACUUUAAAAUAAAGAAGGAAAAAAUUUUUAAGUUGCAUAGCGGUUUCCCCUGAAGGGUUCAAAGUUAUGUCAUGUCUCUUCCCUCUUACAGACAAGCUGAAUCUUGCAGCCAAGUUCAGUGAAGCACGGAGUACAGUUUGCAACAGCUCAGGGAUCAGAGCGGACCGAGACUUCAUUGUCCAGGUAAGAAUACGGCCAGGAUUAAAUAACUGCAGAGUCUGGAACAAGCUCGGGUGUCCCUGACAGUGAGGACAGCACUGCUGGUCUCUAGACAGGUAAUUUCCCACCUACUGUGUUGCAUAGUAUUUCCACAUGUGGCGAGGGUCUCUGGAAUUCAUGCUUUGGCAGUCAUUGCAGACAGAGUACACUAUGCACUGAUAUUGUCUGGCGGCUGUGGCCACUAAAGUCAGAAUGCUAAUUUUAUGGGGCAGAAGGAUGACGUGAACAUAGCCAAACAAUCCGAUAAGAUCACAGGUAAGAAAAGGGCAGAUGUGAUCAGACAAUAGAUUACGAGUAAUACUUCAUAUUCUCUCUGAAAGGGAAUCAUUGCAGAAGGUGCUUCACAUACAUAUUCAGAGUUUUGUACAAUUGGGGGGUGGGGGGGAGGAGAGGGUUACAAUCUAAAGACUAAAAACUAAUUUAUAAAAAAAAAAAAGUGAUUCAAUAAUUGCACUACGAUCCAAUAAACACCUUUACGUUGAACCGCCACAAAAAGAUGGGAAGUAGCAAUGAGACAGCAGGGAACCAUGCUGAAGGUUUUGGGGAAACCUAGAGGUAGAAGGGCUAUAGUGUGCUUAGUUUGAGAGGGACUCUAACUCUUUUCACUCUCAUCCAAGGUUCACAUUAUUGUGUCUGCCAUUUUAUCAGGUGAUUUUAUGUGGGGUUUUAUUUAUUUAUUUUCGUAUUAAUGUAUAUGCUUCCUUUUGAACAUGGAAUGAUCUUAUCCUAGUUAUAGCGUGCUGUUAAAUGUGGUUUCUUUAUUGGGGAACUUAAUUAAUGGAUCCUGCAGCUGGCUAAGCAUUGCAUGAUAUUCUGUUGUGCACGAAGAUGAUAUUUCUAUAUUAAACAGUAAAUUGAAAGUCAAAUUACAAAGUUUAUUCCAAAAUAAGAAAGGAAAGAAUAUUUCAUUAAUUGUGUGGUUUUUUUUUGUUUUUUUUUGCUUGGUUAUUUAGUUUACCACAAUUCAAUGUUCCUUUAAAUUAACCCCAGACUGGCUUUUCCUUGAAGUGGUUAUAGUGGAGUCCUCUGGCACUGGCCCACUGUUCAGUGUUAAACCAUUUAUUUUUUUAAAUCUGACUUGGGGACCCCUGGCUGCCAACAGACAAGCCCCCACUGCCACCUGGGCUAAUGCUUUUUGCCCAUUGGAAGGAUGUUGGUUGAGCAAUGGCGUUGGUUAUAGAUUGCUGUAUCAGCACCCCUAGUGGUUCUCAGACAGAAGGAAACCAGGGGCUUUGUAGUGGACACUGCAUGCAUGUAAGGCAUCUCACAGAGAAGCAUUGGGUUGGUGAAUCACGGUGAUGGCUGUGCAUAUAUCCGCAAUAUUUAUCUGUGAGACACCAGUUAUUUUAUUAAAAGUAAUUUCAUCAUUAUUAUUAUUAUUAUUAUUAUUAUGAUAUUAUUUAUAGAGCGCCGUCACAUUCCGCAGCGCAUUACAAUGGGUGGACGAACAGACAUGUAGUUGUAACCAGACAAGUUGGACACACAGGAACAGAGGGGUUGAGGGCCCUGCUCAAUGAGCUUACAUGCUAGAGGGAGCAAAUUUUUUGUAAAUAUUAUUUUUCAUUAGACUGUGUCCUUCAUACUUGUGCUGUGCUUUCUGUUGAACCUGCAUUUACAUAUCUUUUCCUUGUGCAAACAGAGUGAUAUCCUACAUCUGGGAGGAACACACUGAUGCAGUGUUUGAGAAAGGUGCAUCACAGUUGGCAAAUGUUAUUAAUGAUGGCAAAGGGGAAUGUGUGUGUGCACAUACACACACCCAGUGCCCACUUCAUUGCGCUCACUCUCUGACUAAUAAUUCCAGCUAGUUAGUAGUCAUACAUUGUAACGUUUUUAUUUAUUCAUUUUUAAAAAAUCAAUUAUUUAUUUAUUUUUGCAAACUCUUGUGAUUACUUACAAUAAGUAAGUAUUCUCCUAGCUAAAUCUAUUGAUCCGCUCCAUGCGGUGGGGGGCUCUAAACUCCGUCUGAAUAGGGAUAUUCUUUUCUCGGUCUACCUCAGCUUAGUGAGAUUUGCACUCCCAACGGCCUUUUAAUGGCAUAUGAAAUAGCUGAUGCUUUAGACUGUAACUCCAACUAAUCUCAGGCAGUGGGACACAUGUCACAGUGCUCCUCUUGCAACAUAUUCCUUCUCUUAAAGGAUCACUAAAGUCACCCAGACCACCAUGUCUCAAUAUAGUGGUCAUGUCAUUUUUUUUUUUAACUGCAAUGUUUGCAUUGCAGGAUAAAAUACCCCUCUAGUGAUUUACUUCUCGUCAGCCACUAGGGGCGCUUCCUCCUCCAGAUGAGAGCUUUUCAUUGGAGGAGCAUGGCAAAUGCGAAGCAAUGGAUUGGAGGAGAUGGCAGGUGAUGUCCACUUGGAUGCUGACAUCACUGGAGGAGGUGCAGGAGGCUGCAGUGAAAGAGUCCCAGCGCAGGAAAGGAAGGGAGUUAACUUUUAACAAAAUUAUACCGCACACUGAUCAUAAAGCCAUCAGGAAACCAAUAGCUCUGAAAUAUCAAUUGUUAUUUUCGGUAGUUUAGGUGUCCUUUAACCCACAUAAUUUAACCCUUGAAAUGAACCCUAGCCUAUAAAUAUCAUGAAUUGCAGAAGAUACAUACUUGACCUUCAGUCUUGUGGUUAUUAUGUCUCUGAAUUAUACACACAAUAACGCAGUGUUAUUCCAUAAAACGUAAUUGGACUACGAUUCAAAUUAAUUUUAACAUUUUCGGUCAACGUUGCCAGACCGAGAACAGAGUGUGAAAUUUACAUUUUUUUUAAUUCAUGUUUGUCUACUGUGGCUUAAGUGAAAUUCACUCUGUAUUCCAAGCAUAUGUGUCAUACAUCUAAAAAUGUGUGUGAUUGUGCAUAUUUCAAAGUAUGCCAUAUACCUAUUUCUUUCUUACCGCCCCUCAAGGAUUUGUGGAUUUUCAUACAGGGAUAUAUAAUCUUGUCCUUUUUUUUCUUUUUUUUUCUCCCCACUAUGUCCUCUCUAUGACCUGAAAUAAUAAUGCAAGAGUUGUAAAAUGAACAUUUUACUAACACUAUAGAUUAUUCUCAGUUGUAAACUAGAAGCUAUCGCAAAGUAAUAGCUUGAAGAUUUGGCGGUGUUUUAAAUAUAUAAACAUAAUGGUGACCUUGGAUUUUUUUUUUCCUUCUGUCUGUGAAGCAAUCACAUCCACUUUGUUUUAAAAUCCUUGAAACUUUUGUUGAAUAGAAUAGUAUAAUAUACUAUCUAUCGCGUGCGUAAAAUGAUUUUUCUUAUAUUUUUACAGGAGCAUUGUAUUUUACAGAUUUGCAAGCUGCAUACACGGUUAAAGCACAUCUGUAAAUUUCGGGGAUCUUUGCAUAUUCCACAAAGUACAGAUCCGAUUGGGUGGUCCAGUGGCUGCUAGGUGCAGGCGAUGUGAGUUUAAUUUGCCUCUGGCUGUCCCUAGCAGCCAAAGCCAUAUUGCUACUCAUGUCCUAUGGCUCAUGGCACAUCAGUCGUGCAUGCACAAGAGUACAACAGGUGUAGGAAGGCUUACGGAAGAUUGCGGGAUCCUAUAUAGAUAAAGCCAAUUGUGAUGGCUGCUGGUAUUGGCCAAAGGUUGACAGAGGGGCUCUUUGUCAACCUCAGGCUUUACCAUAAGACGAAGAAGUCCCUACUUUAUCUUAUAAUAACUUUGGCCUCUGUUGGAAUUUUAGUGACAUUCCAAUGCAGUCUUAAAGGACCACUAUAGGCAUCCAGACCCCUUCAGCUCAAUGAAGUGGUCUGGGUGCCAGGUCCCUCUAGGAGUAACACUGCCUGCUGUAAACCUAGCAGUUUCAGAGAAACUGCUAUGUUUAUAUUCGGGUUAAUCCAGCCUCUAGUGGCUGUCUCAUUGACAGCCGCUAGAGGCGCUUCCGCGCUUCUCACUGUGAUUUUUCACAGUGAGAAGACGCCUGUGCAUUCAGCCGAUGACGAAUGCAUGCGCAUUCAGCCGAUGACGACAGGAGGAGGAGAGUCCCCAGUGCCGAGGGAGCCCGGCGCUGGAGAAAGGUGAGUGGAUUUCACCUCAGGGCACUAUAUUGCCAGGAAAACGAGUUUGUUUUCCUGGCACUAUAGUGGUCCUUUAACCAAUAUUUCUCAAAGAAUAUAUCUUUAUGAAAUACUUCUGAAAAAGUGACACAUCCGCUUUAACUAGAAAUAAAACUUAUAAAUUUGUUUCCUAACUGUACUGGAUUAAUCAUUCCACAUAUUAAAUGACAUAUGCUUAACUAAUUUGAGUAUUUCAAUGCUCUCCUAAUCCUAUCCAUGUUGCUGCGGUUUGUGAGCCAUCUGUACGUCUGAUUAAAUGUGAGAUGCAAUAAUUAAAAAUUGUCCGCUAAACUUUUUUUUUUUAAAUAUGCAAAAUAACAUUUGUCCUGCACUGAUAGCCCAUUAGUAGAAAUCAUUCAGAAGUGGGAAUAAAAAACAAUUUAAUUUUUUUUUUUUUUUUUAUUACUGGAAAAUUAGUAAAGCAGUUAACUUGCACGAAAAAAAAGCAGAAGUAGCCGUCUAGAUCGCAUUUGCAGGAUGGAAAUCCAUUAUUCUCACUGAAACAUUAAAGGGGCACCUGCCAUUUAAAGUAUACAGGCUUGUAAAACUGCUAAUUAAAUGCAUAAGUUAAGAGGUCUGUCUACUAAAUAGCUUUCUGUAAAAUAAAAGCCGAUCUGCAAAGUUUGGGCCAAAAUAGCAGUUUAAAAAAAUACAAAUAAAAAAUAGAUGGGGGGGAGGAAAUACAAUUUCACUGAAUUGGAAUUCUUCCCCCUCCUCCUCCCGUGGAUAUUUUGGCAUAAAUAUUUCAAGUUGGUUCUUAAAUCACAACUCUGUUUUAAUGGAUUCUCUUUGAAGCGUUUCUACUAGUUAGUCUGUACCUGCGUGUGGAAUGUCACAGUUUGACAGUCAGUGAAUAACCCGUAGUAUGAUAUUAAAUAAAUCGGGACUUGUUGGGAUCUCAAAAGGGGAAACUUCAGACCAAAAAAGCUGAAUUGAAAACCUAGCUCACUGGAUUAUGCAGGACUUAAAACUGUCCCUCUCUCAGUUUAGUUCCCUGGUUUCCCACAUUUGGGGAAACAAGCGCACCACUAGCAUGUCAUUAGACUCACUCGAGCACACGAGUACCUUGCAAAGAGUUCUUAAGCCGUGCUCCCUGCAGUGUCUGCCCUCAGUGGGCUGGCUUGGCCAAUUAGCAGUUAGCCUGGUGUGCAUUCACACCAAACUGACAUGCCAGUAAUUCGGGCCGGCAUUCCCCUUUCUGAGUGUGGCUAGUGACACAAUUGUAUCACUGGCCCAUCCACUUUACUACCUUUCCUCUGGCAUCCCGAUUGGGAGGUAUGUAUAAUUUUAUUUUAUUAUUUCACUCACAGAUUCUAAGUGGCCAAAUUCAUGGCCAUUCCAUAAUGCAUCUUAGCUUGAUCUCUUUUAAUUUGUCUUGUUUGUAUGGAAUGAAUCCCCCCUUUUUUUUUUUUGGCCACAUACACCAGUAGAAAUUACAUAUUUUUACCUGAAUACCUAUGCAUGCUUUCAUUUACUUAUAAAAUAUUUUGCUAAGAAGGACACACUCAUUUUUUUUUUCUUCAAGUUUAUAUAUUCAUAGCAUCUAAUACCAAUAGACUAUUUAAGCUGUGCUAUAAAACAAAAAUUUGCCCGAAGACCUAUCCAAAAUUUUUAAGUUUCCAAUUGGAUUUUAGGCUUAGUAUCAAUGAACUGAGUAAAGUAAAGCCGGUAAAACGAGUAUUUUUAAAAUCUGUGCUAUUUCCUAACAAAUCCAGAAGGAACUGAGUCAUUCGUGGAGCAUGUUCAUUCAACAGACGAGUCAGCAAUUCAUUAAGAGUCAUCCAACUGGGUCAUCCGCAUAUAUACGUCACGGAUUUCCAUAAUAUUCAGAUGACUCACGUGUUUGCUUGGAAUGGCCAUCAUUUCCUGCUGGAGAAUCAUGCGACCAGCGAAGAAGUCCUUAUGGGGGAGAUUUAUUCAAGCUCCGUGUUCUUGAAAACUGGGCCAAAGUUGCAAAGGGGGAGCAAUGUCCAAUGGAAUGUACUGUGGGUUCUACUAGUUUCCACGGGAUUGCCCCAUUUUGAAACCUUUUUUGGAAAGCUAGGCAGCAAAAUAUAUAGAGGUAUUUGUGUUCGAUCAUAAAAAAUACAUUAUAAUAAACAACAUUAUGAUGUUGGAGGCUAAUGAGCCCCCGUUACCUUCCCCUAAACAGUUUCACACAUCAUGCUGUUCCCAAGAACCCCACACCUUUAAAAAAAAUUUUUUAGAGUGGACCUGACCUGCACUUUUUAAUUUAUUUAUCAAAUCAAUGACCUGAGCGAUCAGAUGUAUGUCCGGAUCCAGCCACCUUUGUGCUAAUGCUCUGCAGGCUGCUUAAAAUGUCAUGUUUAUUAAUUUCUGUUCCUGUGCAGUUGGGAUAUUUUUAGCCAGAAAAAAUAUUCACUUGGAAUUCUUGACAAUUGUACACUUUAAUGAAUAGACUUGUUUGUUUAUAUUCCACGUAGAAUGUUGGGUGACGGAACAUUUGUAGAAACUCGGCACAACAUGACUUGUCAAACACAAUGUUUGAUUUUCAUAUUGUCUGAGUUCAUUAUAUGGCAUUUUAUGAGAUGCCAUAUGGCCCGAUUCCUGCACUUAAAACAAUGGUAAAUACUUAGAGCCUGUGUGAAUCUCGUGAUUAUCAAUAUUUUUACCUAGGUUUUGACAGCAGAUUAAAGACAACGGUCCUAUCUAGACCUCCAUUUAAUAUAUUAUUGUAGAUGCUUUAGUCUCUUGACUUUAUUCCAUGCUCAGGUUGACAGAUCCGCUAUUCCAAACUUUUUUUUUUUCCUUUGCAACUCUGCUGAUUGUUGUGUUUUUGUUUGUUUGUUUUGUUUUUCUUCUUGCAGUUUUCAUUGCGUAUCCCAACGUUGUUGUGUUUGUGCAUUCAUUUAACCUAGAGUUAUCUAUUGUCUAUAGCCCAUGAUCUAGCACUGGGGUAAAAUCCAGCUUCCGAGAGUCCUUGCAAGUUAUUCCUCGAUCUAUGUAUACUUGACAUCAAGGAGCCUUAAACCUAUUCUGUAAAAAGUGAGCCCACUGAGCUCUAGUAUCCUAAGGAAAUUUUCCAAUGAUUUCCAAAAACUGCAAUCUGUUUUUAAAUUUUUGUUGGCAUUGCCGUGCUUGUUGGACCUCCCUCCUGAGCGAUCAAAAAGCCUUGCACAAAAAUUCUUGAAAGGUUAUCUAUUCUGUGAGCUGAAAUUAACCUACCUGGGUAGUGAAUUAACUGUGCUACUAAUGAUCACUAAAUUUGUGUAUCAUGGAGAGUGUGUGGGGAACUGCACUCACUCCCAUCAGUCUGAGCCAGGGUGCUUUAACUGUACCGGAACAAAACACCAGAUUCCCAAGGUAGUAGAAUAAAGGAAAAAAGGUCCAGGCACUCCUUGGUUCAAGAUAGGCACUUGAUUAGAAGCUUGAUAAAGACCUAGAUGGUUGAAACGUUGCUGUGGUUCUAAUCAAGUGCCUAUCUUGAACCAAGGAGUGCCUGGACCUUUUUUCCUUUAUUCUACUAUUGUGUUUCAGUCCUUCUUGUCUUCUUAUCUCAAAGUAUGGACCUGUGUCAGCAUUUAUAUCCUGAAGGUUGAAAAUCUUAAAGCAGCUAUGUCACCCUAUAUUUACCUUGGUUCGAACUGUUCCUCUUAUCUUCCUCACUCCUAAUCUGCUCUUCCCUUUUAAUCUGUUUCUGUAGAUUCUCUAUAGAAUACUUUGCCUUAUGUAUUUUUCCUCCGCGUGACAAAAGGUGGAGCUACGUUUUUCAAGUCUUGUAACUGACCUCAGCAGUCACUAGUAACAGGAGCUGAUGAGAACCCACUGGAUGCUGACGGCAGCAGCCAUGAGGGACAGGUUCAGUUAAGUAUAACUCCCAGUCCCUUUUCGCUUCACCGCGCGGAUACCAGGCACCAAGCGGCGAAGUCGCUAUUGAGUGUCUGCAAAUAAAGCAAAGAGCCCAGAAUGUGACAGCCACUUUAAGUGAACAAAAGUGUGUGUGUGUGUGUGUGUGUGUGUGCAUUAUAUAUAUUUUUUUGUUUGUAUUGUGCAUUCUUGGCACUUAAAAUAUAGAACUUUACUUCUUAAAAAUCUUCUAAUCUUGGCUUUAGUAUCACAUUCCCAAAAACCCAACUGCGCACGAAUAAGACAGUAAUUGAAGACACUUCCUCUUUAACAAAUUUAAUUAGGUAAUUACACCCUCUUCAUUAUUUUGGGGUAUAAUUAUUUACCUCUAAGUGGCUUGUUUUAUAAUACACUGUGCAUUAUUCACAUAGCACAACUUUGUUGCAAUUGCUGCUUACUCACCUGGUCAGAUUACCUGUACUUUCCUCCGUAAGUAUCGGCAAUCUCAAAACAGAGUGUUUUGUAAGCUAAAAUUCCCAUUAAGCUCAGCCAGAAACUGACCACCUGAUAAUGGUGAGAAUUGCAUGUAACACAAUCUCCCUGUACAUUCCUGUCUCUUCAUACUGGCUGGAUUCCUGGUUUAACACCUUCAAUCCUCUACCUGUGUCAGAUAUACCACACCCUGUAAUCAAACUCCGAGACAAGUUUAAAAAAAAAUUGUACAAACUUGUCAGGUUUCUUCUCUCCUCCCCUGUCCUGAGCUUUCUCCCUCCUCUUUUUUUUUUUUCUUCACUGUCUCUUUUUUUUCCUGACAGUCAAAGCAUGGAUCUGAUCUAGUAGUUUGUCUGCUGUAUUCAGGUGAGAAUCAUCUUGCUAUUUAUAAUCUUAUUGCUCCUUUUUGUAAUCUUUGGUUUAUCUUCUAUUAAUAUUUUAACUGGUUUACAUAGCUCUAAUAACCUGCUACUUGAGGAGGGCGUAUGGUUCAAAGAAAGGGUAGUCCACAAAGAAUUGCCAAUCGGUGGAGGUCAAUAAAACAUGAUUGAAGGUACCGCAAUGAUGCAGAGUUUGAGAAUAACCGUAUUGGAGGUCUCUGGCUGGAAAAGAUUAUAGGUUGAGGUCGUGGACAUGGCAAAAAAUAGUUUACAACUAGGGGUGUCUCUUUUUUUUAGGAAAGAGGUUAAAUGUCCUACCUGGUUGAGUUUCUCCCUUUUGGUUUAUAGCUCACACAGUGGUAACAGAAAGAUUGGAAAAAGAACAGAAUCCAUUGUAUCAGCACUUUAGAACCGGCACUGUGAUGACACAUGUUUGUUUUGAGCCCAAGUGCCAAAUCUUCGACAUAACUCAAGUAAUAGCUCAACUUAGAGCCUGUAGCAAAAAUCGCAGAUUGCGGAAAAAGUUUUACAGUAGAAAAACAUUUUGAAUAAAUCCCCAAAGCAAUCUUCUACAGCUCUUUAUAGCAAAAGGUAAACAGUUUGUUGUUUCUUAUACAGUUGUGCAUGGCUUACAGAUAGCCACAUGAUUAUUCUCACUGCCUUACACAAUGCAGCCUUGUUCCAAGGCUCCUAUAAAUUGCCAGAGAUCACACUGUGCCAGCAGUGUGCCAUAGAAUAACUUUAUCAGUACAUGUUCACUGUCAGUGCCCUAUACUAUGCAUCUCAGCUCUUUCCUGCUUUGUAAAAUAUUCCACUGUGACCUAGCAACAACCGCUCACAAUGCAUAGCGAGAGUACUACCGUGCCACGGUGAACAAAAGUAAUGCAGUUUUGAUGCAUGGACAGAUGCACGGGUUUGGCAUGGAAACGUGGCACACUUUGUGCAAUGAUUGUGCAACUAAUCUGUAAAUCCCAUGCAGAGUCCAUGCCACAAACACGUUUUUUGCAAUUAUGACACUAACAGGCACAGUCAGAGUUCUCCUAUGGAUCAACCAGCUAUCAGUACCUUUCAACGAACAUCCUGUCUUGCUGCAGAGCUGCACUACCGGACUUUCGUAUUUUCCGUUCUGGAAAAUUUAAAUGUAUAGUAUACUUAAAAUAUAGCACACCAACUUAUAAAAUAAACAAUUAUUUAUGUACGCAUGUAUAUUUGAGUAUGUAAUGUAUACUACAUAAUGUUAGAUUACCAUACUGCAUAAAUGGUGAUGUCAUCUGGGCAGAUAUUCUCCAGUAUGAGCAGGUUACAAUGCACUGAUCAUCACCAUACAAUCCUGGGGCUAUAAUAUCUGGCAGACUGAUACAUAGUUCUGAGCAGGAGCUGAAAGAGCUGGCGCUUGGGACUGUGACUCCCACAAAUCACGGACAGCACUGGGGAAAGUAUAUCCCAUCACUGCCCUUAUAAUAAAAUACUACCCCUUUCUCCUUAUUUAAUGUGAAAUUUCACAUUUCUAGACCAAAACAUUGACUUUGAGAAGUAUUGGUUAAAAAAAAAUAAUUGAUAUAUAUCUCACGUCAGCUGACACCUGGCCAGAUUAUAAACAAAUUAUACCUUUAUGUCAAGUAUACGAAAUAUUACAAAUGAUGAGAAAACACAACUCAAUUUAAAACUGAAUUAUUCAUUUGCAUUUAGAUUUGUCCUUUUACAGGGUUAUUCACGAAUGUGUGUAUUGUCAACAGACCAUUAUAUUUUCAGUGUAACUAUUAUGGCCAAAAAUGUGAAAUUCUUUUAUCAAUCUGUGUGGAGUGUGUACGUUUUUUUUUUUUCAGUGUCUUGCAAGUGCGCGAGAAUAAUUUUGUCAUGGCCACGGGCCAUAAUGUAUAACUUAAUAUCCAGUGUCUUGCUGUUUUUGUCUCAUGAAUUCAUGAUUCGAGAGAAUCAAAUGCUUGCAUCAUUUCAGCUCUAGAAACGAGAUCUAGAAUCCAUGUAUCUCUUGUGCACUUUGGAUGUUUUCAGAGCUGCGUGCUCAAACAUUGUGCGAUAUCUUGUCUUAUAGAUAAAUGUUCCAGUGAUGCAAUAUCGACUUGCAUGCACACAGUGCCACAACUCUGCUGCUAUCAGACCACACGCAAGAACACUCCAUCCAGAAACCUUUUCAUUGCUCAGAGCGGUUUUAAUUCCCAAUACCUCCUUCAAAUACCAUGUAUUCCACUCCAUUUUGUUUACCGUCUGGGUCCUGGACUUUUGGCUUUGUGUUUUGAACUUGACAUAUGGCUUUGUGUUCUUAACCCUGAUUUCUGUCUGACUGACUGCCUUGGCCUUCUGACCUCCUGUUCUUGCUCUCUUCUCCUAUUCGGAUAUACAAAGUCUGAAUAGCUUCGGUGCUGCUUUUCACAUUCUAAGACAUCCAUUGCCACCCUGCAUCCUUAGACUGUCUUAGCUGCACAGGUGUGCACAUUGCCUCUGGGCACAGCUGCAGUGGGUGGAGUUACCAAAACACACCUGGAAAGUCAGAAGUCAUUUAGCAAAGUCUCUCAAAUGUAUGCCAAUGAUCAUUUAAAAUAGACUGUGGUAUAUUCUGUGAGUGCACUGGAUUUUGUAUGUUGUAUGAAUUGGCCCCAGCAGCACCCUUAUAAUGGAUGCAUGGUCAGGUUAAUGUAGGCCUCUUGGUUAUAUAUUUUUAUAUAUAAAAAUCUAGCUCUAUCUCAGACUAUGGGAUUUUUGAGGUGUGCUACUAACAGAUUGUGUGCCCAGGAUAUCUGUGUGCAGCUACUUAGCCAGUUUUAAUAAUGGAGACACUCCUUUUGGUAAGCCUCGUCGGCAUCUGGUAUUUGAAAGGCCUGACUGAAUAAAGGUAGCUCUAUUAACCCCUUCAUUGCAAGGCAUCGGGUAAAUCUCUCUUUACACCGUGAAAGUUCUCUCAUGAAGGAGUUAAGGCUACCACAGACCUUCCCUUUUUAUGGGGGAAAAAAAGAAACUUAAUUUAAAAAUAAAAUAAAAAGCUACUUUCAAAGACUAUCUGUGAACAGAAAGUCAAGGUACAAGGGUAAUGGAAUGUGUUUAUUUUGCAUUGUGUUUUGAAUUGUGACUUGUUUUGGAAGAUCAGCAUUGUAGUUUUGUAUUUCAUUUUAAACCUGCAAUAAAGUCAGUAUUAGAAGAGUUUUUUUUUUAUUUUAUUUUUUCCCGCUCUCUCUCUCUCGCUCACUUGUGUGCAUACUGCUGGAGGUGAUUUUAAGGGAGGGGUUGAUUUCACCUAUGUGAAUUUCUGUGCAACCUUUGUAACUCUAAGCAUAAACUCAGAGCCUGCUCACUGUGUGUAUUAUGUAGUAGAAUAGUUUAAAGUACUUUUGGAAGUGAAAGCAAAGCAGGUAAUUACAGUUUAUACAUGCAGCGGACCCCGGGUAACCCGACCGGUUACCUCCGCUAAUUCGCUUCCUUCAGCCGCUCAGGAACCACUUAGAGUAUAAAGAGACCCAUUUCACCCCCAGUAACUGGACGAGACGCAGCUCUGGAGGUACAACCCAUGACUGACUGUUUAUUUCAUCACACAUGGGUUUUACAUGCACAGACCCCUACAUGGGGUCUCCAACACAAAACAGGGGUUUCAAUCCUAGGAAGCUGAUGGGGGAUGGAAGAGGGACAAAGCAGCCAGUUCAAACUGGGCCAGCAGUGUCCCUGUAGCUUUUGGGCCAUGCCAAACAAAUCAGUCCAUCCAUCACAUAUCUCACGCCAUAGAAAGGGACAGCAGGUACAUGGGGAUAUGGCACUCGGUGACGGCGUUCCAUCACAAUACACUUUUGCCGUUUUAGGAUUUGUCUGCUGCAAUCAUGCUAGUACUCAUUGCCCCAGCUUUGCAAUACCCAUAAUGCAACAUUUGUGACUGCCUAGGGCCCAGUUUGAACUCCUGCUAUGACUGUAUUUAACUGCUUAAGCCUGCACCCCCUCACCUGUUUAAGGUGGUCUGCACCUCUAUUAAAUGAAGACCACUUUAAGAGCAGCUUGAGGUCCCUCAGUGCUUCCCAGUCAUUUGCUGAAUACUAGGACCACAAAGUAGCUGUUUAGGUAAUCUGCACCUGAAUAUUGGUGCAGACCACAGUGCUGCCUCACCAGGGAUCCAUCUUCUCAGUGUGCCUCUACUGGACCACCAGGGAUUACAUCACCUCUUGCAAUUGCCUUUGAUGUGAACUGCCAAUACAAUGAUUGUUUAAGAAGCUUCUUGUAAAUGAAGCAUUAAACGCAAACUGCAUCUACCUACUUUUGUGCUGAUGUCCUAUAGAUUCAAUUAUUGAAUCCGUGUUGGCCAAAACCCCAUUUUUAAAUUUUAUUUUUUAUAAUUCUUAAUUUUUAUUGGGCAAGUGGUAGCAAACAGGCUUGAUAUGCCACGAUAGCUAUACCAAACGUAGUAAAAACAUUCAAGAUGGGUUAUUGACAUGGUAUUCAGAGACACAGCACAUUUUGAUAUUUAAUGUUGCAUCAGUAAGGUGUGAGAUAUCAUGUAUAUCUAACUAUGUGGGGUAUUGAGAGCUGCUUGUAAUAUGUAACUCUAAGUACUUGUUGAGUACCUCUGACAUGACAAUGCCUUUGCCUUGUAAACUGUGGUUGGGGAUCUUGCCUCGUCUUAGAGCUAGGUCACAGCUGUUACUUGUGCCUGGGUGCAGUGUACUCCUAUUUGUUACGCCUUUAGCUCCCUGACAAGUCUGAGAAAAACGUGAGAGACAUGUCUUCAAACUUAUAUGGUGUGUGGUCUCUGACAGCUGCCAGCACCGCUGCCUUGUCUCUGCCACUUUGCACCUGGAGGACCAAGUCUCUUGGCACAUUGUCUGGGGCACAAGGGGACUUCGGCACUCUGAAGAAUCCAUUGAUUCCCACCAUUUUGCCUUGUGGGGUAAGUAGAGCAACUAGUAAGUGCCUCAGGAAAUGUGGGAUUUCAGCCGUCUGUAUCUCUUCCGAGAUGCCCCUUAUUUUGAUGUUUUUUCGCCUCCAGUCUUCGAUGGCGGUGAAGCAGCGGACACUCUGCUCGCUUUGCUGUUGGAGCCCGUUGACUGCUUUCUGUAACACCACAAUCUGUAGUGCUUUGUCGCUGGAUGCGGCCUCCACCACUACCUGCCUGCCCGAUAAGCUCUGCAAACCAGUACGGAGUAAUACUACAUCCAUCUGGGUACUCUUCUGGAGGUCCACAAGGAGCAUUUCUAGCGCUGCAGUAGACACUGGAGAGUUGUCUUGUCCAGUAUUCUUCGGUGCUGGGCAUGGUGUGGCAAGUAGAUCCUCUACCUCCUCCUCUGGGGACAUGUCGUCGCAUAUUUCAGUGUAGGCCUCAGGGUAGUCGGCUAUCUUAGGUCUUACCGCGCCAUGUGCCUGCUGCAACAAGCCCUCAAUAUUUAAGCCCAUCCGCGGCUUUCGGGCUUCAGUUUCAUAGAUUUGCGUCCCAUUGUGUUUCCCCUCGCUCGUGGGGGGGAGGGGGUGGGGUUCCCCUCCUGUUGUUGUUGUCACAGUUUUAGGGCCCUCAGAGAUUUAUACAGCUCAAUUGGUCAGAGCUCUGGAUGUGUGCUGCCAUUCAGCACGGCUGCUUGGUUCCGCCCCCCCACCAAACCCCCUUUUUGAAUGUCUGACAUCCACUAAUAGGCCUAUCAAGUUCUCAGUAGAUAUUGUUUCCAUUACUAAGAUUGGUCUCCUCUCUAAAUAUCCCUGCUGAUAGUAAGCCUGCGCAAAAUGAGCACUAGUUACAAAUGUCCGCAAGGUGUGUGCCCUUGAAUCUUAACAAGGAAACUAGACGAAUUUUCCUGUCUAUUUGCCAUUAGCAGAGCUGGAAGACUGAUUGUGAUUUUAUUUUGUUUUUACACUAGUUAGGUGCACUUUGAGAUUUUUGGACACCAAACCGGCUCAUGUAGGACUGUAGAAGUGAGACCAUAUGAGUCUUCAUAUGUGAUUGCGAUAUACUGUUCUAAACUUGAACGUUGGGAAGAGCAAAACAUCUGACACUCUCACAUUAAACCACCAUGAGAUGACUGCAAUGGAAUGAAUACCUAGUUGUAGAGCCUAGUGCACCUCUUGUGACCCAUCUAAUUACAUUACUAGUGAAAGGAAAGAAUCAAAGCUAUAAUAAAGUUGUGUAUUAUUAUUUGGAAAUAAAAUCUGGAUUCACAUUGAAGAAAGUUGGAAAAUGUAACUGGAUUUAAAUUCUAUAUAGAAUGUAAGGAAAAUCUUGAUCGAUUGUGUAAGGCUGUACAGAGGUGCUCCAGUGGGCAGAGCCCUACUCCUCUCCAUUCUCAAACCUUGUUACCUAAAUGAAUAUGUAAUAUGUACAUAUCCAACAACAUGUAUAAGAUCUUCUGUUAUUCCGCCCCAAUAUUGCACUCCUUUAAAUAACUGAUCACUUCUCUUCUACAUCACUCUCUGGCAAAACAUUCCUCACAUUGGUUUGCUUGAAAUUAGUAUAUCUCCUUGCUUUGCCCAGACUGAUCCAGCAAAUGUUUUUAACCCAUUAUAGAGUAAUGGAGAGGUAAUUCACGCCAUUAUCACGAUUUGGCCCUUUAACCAAAAAAAACCACAAAACUCUCUUUUCUUUCCUUCCCUUCCCUGUGCAGCUCUGUUAACUCCUUGAAGGCUUAAUUUGUAAUCCAUUAACCUCAUUCAUUAUUCAAGGUGUUUUUUGUUCUUUGAAAAAUUAGAGUGAUGGUGAUCAUAUGACUAUAUUGACAGUAGGCUGGGCCCCCAGUCAAAAUGGUACCCAACACCACUUGAAGACUAAUAUACAUACUUUAAAAGGACACCCCAGACUGCACUUCAUAACCAUUUUAUAAUACAUAAUAUACCUUGGUAUGCCUUCUAUUAGAGUAUACAGUUGACAGGGUCAUAAUGUAUAAUGGUAAUAUUAUAAUAUAAUUUAGGGGUAAAAUAAAAUUGAAUGCCUUACGGAUAUUAGGAAUCUGCAGGGCUUUUAGGAAUGAAACUUCCUAAAAUGACAGCAGAAUGCAAAGAUGAUUGUAUAUGGUAUAAUGGCACCAUUCUGUAGACACUUUUGCCUAGAUGUGCCCACAGCCCUUCUGUGUAACAAUACAGUAUGUGUGUCUGGGAAGUACAGUAUUUUGUAAGUGGUGGAUAGUAAGACAUGUAGACUGUAUAACUAGAGUAAAGGAUUAUUUUUCCCAUCCUGGGCUCUCAAUAUUUAUUACCCAGCUAAAUAAACUUCUUUCAUUGCCCUGACGAGAGGUGGUUUGACAUUGCUGGAAUAUGGCGUUUGUGCCUACAAUUUUAUUUCUCUAUAUAGAAAUAUAGAAUAUAUUAGAAAUAAUUCAGUCUAAAAGAACAAUCAUGACUUUGCCCCCAGAUGCUUGUGAACUACAUUUGCAGUGCUUAAUUUUCUACCUCUUGACACUUUUUUAUUUUUUAUUUUCUUUGCUAGCUUAGAUUCACAGUUAUGGAUUUGUUCUGCUAGUUUUAUCCCCGUUAUCACUUUCUCAAUCUGGUAACCAGAUUAUACCGCGUUUUCAUGCUGAUGAUCUGGCAGUGACGCUAACAUGUCCAUGGUGUGUUUUUGUGUCUUUUUUUUUUUUUUUAAACUGUUCAAGACUUCUUGCACCCCUACAGUAAUGUGUAUCCCUUUAAACAUUCAAUGUCCUUAUCAAUUUAGUGUAUCAGUGCGGUGCUGUUCCACAGCCAAUAGUGAUGAGUUUUGGUUUUAUUUAAGAACCACUACCGUUAAGGUUUGUCGAAGUGUUCCAAUUCACCAGAUCUGCAUUGUGCAAUCUAUAAUGAAUUUUUCCUAGGGACGGCUAUUAUUCUGUCAGGGCAGAAAUUUAUGAUUCAAUAAAUUUCAUGUCGGUGAGGGAAGUAACUAUGUUGCUAGGAAGAAAUAAAUUGCUUUGUUACUGCAAUGACUUUAUACGUACAGAUAGACGUCCUCAAGGUCAGUGCUGGGGAUUGCAAGGUCGUGUCAUUACAUUAGGUCAUUUUAAUGGCAGUGGAAAUGGUUCUCACACUGAUUGCUUAACUAGUGACGUUCUUACCAGUAAAUCCUCUUACUGCCACUCUGGGUGCUACAAUUAUAUCCACGGCAAAAAUGGAACUCUGACCUACACUUAUGAAUUGCUCGUCACAGAGAAUUCUAAUCUACACCAGGUUUCAGGACCCAGAUUUUUUUUAUUUUUUUAUAAAUAUUUUUUUGAACAUUCCUAGAAACAUUAUUUAUAAUUCACUUUUCUUCUUUCUGUGCAAUGCUUAUUCAGUUUAUUACUUUCCAUGGAUGAAAACUAGAAAACUUCAGUUUAAUGUAAUGUUUCUCUAGCUGACCCAUUCUUUCUGGGGUAUUGUGUUUUUUUUUUUUUUUUUAAUUUCUUAAAUCCAUUUAAAAUCUAAAUGGAUAUUAAGCAUAAUCUAAAGUGAUAAAAAGCUAGUCUCUUUUAAAAUUAGUUUUGUAUAUUUGUGCAAAUACCUACAUGUUAAGGCAUCAUCUGCUUCAAUACAAUUAAAGUUGUAUUCUCAAAUUCAGUAAAGUAGUAAAGGUUGCGCAAACCGUUGCUUUGUAUAGCAAACACUAAUGCCACUACUAUUUAUUUGAAAGACAUUUAAAACAAACGUUUCGGGGUAAUCCCUUUCCGGCAUUGUGGCUUAUUGACAAGGGAAUUUCAAAGGUUUUUCCGGUCUUUUGAUCUUAAAAUAUCUGUUCAUUUGACUGUUUAAUAAGUCUGCCUGCAAAAGCUCUUGAGAUAGCCGGUAUGUGAUACACAAAGAAUGCAGUAAUAAUGUACCCUUUAAUUAGAGAGUCUGGAGAAAGGAAAGUUCUCAUUUCAGGAUGAUUAAGAAAAACUAUUCUUUAGUUAUGAACAAAUACUGUGUAUUCAAGAAAAAUGUGCAGAAAAGGAGGUGAGGGACAGAUGCCCCUAAUAAUGUGAGAAACUACCUCACCUUCGUCACACUAUCAAUGUUCUAGAUACUAAGAGUACCAUAUAAUUUACUGACUGAAGCGGGUGGCGAUUAUCUAAACAAAAUGGCUUUUAAAGGGGCUAGGGCUUGACUGCCAUGCUAGUCAGUUGCAUAUUCUGAGCGCUCUUAGAUACAAGCUUAUCUUUUCUGCCUUUUUGUGAACAUUUGGUUUGAAUCGAGUUUUAUUUUGAUGGCGACUAUAUUGCAGUUUUGUGAGCAUUGAAUUUUAUGUUUUAACACUGAUCCAGUUGGACAAAUCACACUGCAGUCACCCUACUCUACACAACAUCUGCUGUUUGUUUGACUAUACAGACACCCCCACUUUGCCGGUGAGGGUUAUCACAGCAGUAAUACCCAACACUGCAUUGAUAGCUGUCUGUCUCAAAGAGUCAGGCUGGGAUGGGUUCUCACCUAUCAUGGGCAUCACUGACUCCAGGGAACAGAGGCUUGAAAUUCUGGCAAGACUGGUUGGGAUAUUUGCUGACUUCUGGGCCAAACAUUCACGUUGCAUCCACAGCCAAGAACCAUUACCUGCCUUGACUCCAAUUCCUGCACCAUGGGCUGAUCGUUCCCGAGGCAAGGACAUAUUUGAAACAACAUGCUCCUGCCAUUAUGCAAUGCAGGAACCUGUUUGUGCCACUAGCGACAGUCUGGAGAUUCCUUCCCUGCCAAACUUGUUUCUAGGAAAAGGGGCCUACUUUAAAAAUAGCAGUUGGUGACCCUCCAUUGCAGCUGACAGCCCUGCUAUAUUUGGAACACCUUAACCAUCCCUCUUGCGUCUCUCUGUUUUGAGCUGCUGUCUCUUUGGUUGCUUCAAUUGCCAUGGUACUGUGUUCUAACUAGGGCUGGUAUAGGUUAAACUUCGGAUUCAGACCUGUUUUACCAGCAAUUCGUCAUUUAAACCUUCCUCUUCUACAACACUGCAGGCAGUGUUUCUGCAUUUAGCUUCAUUUAAUGGAAAACCCUUGUUCCCGCUGCAUAUUAUUUUCUUGAAUUACACGGUGUGAUUUAUUCUUUGGAUCUUUUAUUGUAUUAAAUCUAUUCAGUGCAUGUCAAUCUGAAGAAAAAAGUAUUUUAAAAUAAUGAGAUUGCAACUGGGAUGCAAAGAAUGAACCUUAAAAUUAUGAUUUUAGAGGUUUGAUCAUUUGAGUACGCUCCAAGUUCCGGCUAUAAUGAAUGAGUAAUGUAGAAAAAAAGAAAAGGAAAUUGCACCUUUUUUGUUUACGUUCUUGUCAUCCCAACUUCCUUAUGGGGCGAUCUAAUAACUAUGUAUUAAGAUAAUGUCCUAGUAUUUCCCUGUACAUUUUACACAUCCUGAUGGGAUUAGACCAUGUCGUGGGAAAGUCCAUGAAACAACUGGUGCCCUGUGCAAAAAUGUAAAACACUCCCUCUGCCAAGUAUAUAUAUAAUCUAUGAACACUCACCCACCCCCUCAAAAAAUAGCUGUAUUACUAUAACUAUACAAACUGUUAAACCAAUGACGUGAUGCACUGUUGCAACCUGCUCCGUGUGCAAGCACUCUCUCUGCACUUUGAGUGAAAUGCAGAGCAUUGAAGCUCAUUGUUGCUCGGCGUAUGUGUGUUCGAAAACUCCUACUUCUGACGUAGGCAUGUUGUCUGUGUCAAUGGUUUUGCACGUAUAGGUGCAUGGAUGAUGCAUUCUAAUUUGGAAUUCUAAAGAACCUUUGUAAAGUCACUAAAAAUCCAUCAGCUUUAACAUCAAAGGUGGACUUAGGUGACAUGAGGCUUUUCCCCUAACCCCCUAUUCUACCUUGUAUUAUACAGUAUAGUCAAUAAUGGGAGAGAAAUAAGGUAUUGCCGUUGGUAUAUACAGAUACAGUGCCAGCAUAGUAUACUGUCAGUCUAUAGAUAAUCUCUCAUGCAAUUCAGUUCAAUAGAGUAGUUAAAGUAUUUAAAAUGGUAAUAGCAGAUAUUUGAUCUAAUAAUGUUGACAGAACCAGUAUGUGCAGAAGAGAUUCGUAAACUACUUUACAAUGUGUAACAGGAGCAGCAUUAUCUCUUCUAGUAGACAAGAGGACUAGACCCUGGCUCUGGAUUCAGAUCUAGUCCGCCUUGGCAUUUGUCCUGUUUCCAAAGGGGAAAUGUCCAUAGCUAACUGACUGUACGUGCAUUGUAGAGGGCUGCAGUAAUGGAGGUUGAAAUGCGCUCACAUUCAUUCGCAAACAUCAGCCAGACACUCAAUUAAUUAACUGGAAAGCAGAGCCCGGUCAGUGUGAGAAUUCAAAGUGAAUUUCAAAUUUAAGGCCAAAAUAGCCGAACUGAAAGCAUACAUGACUUGGCUAUUUUUUCCAGUUCAACUAUUCUGGCCUUAAGUUUGAAAAUCCCUUUGAGUUCUCGCUCGGCAUAAUGUUUACAAAAUGGGAAGGGGAACACGGUGACAAAAGACUGUAAACCUUAUAGGAGACUGAAAGCCAACACUAGGCUCAUAAAACACUUGUUUUGCUUAGAUUAAGCCUUUCUGAGGCCACCCCUCCAAAGUUAAAAAAAAAAAAAAAAAGACAAAAAUAAAAACCCAAACAAAUGUAUUUAUAAAAAGCACAUUAUUGCAUCCUGCUAGCUAGCUACAGUACACAAGGGGCACACAGUCUGUAGGAAGGAUGCUGGCCUCCAAGCUCCUGCACAAGUCACACAGAUACAAUUCAUAGGGCACCAACACAAAUUUUGGGAAGCUUUCAUUACAUCCCCAAAUUAGCGGUUCAGCCCACUCUUGCUACAAUGUGUCACCUCCUUAUAUGUAGAGUAUAUAUGUCACCACUUCUAUUUAUCAUGUUUGCCAACUUACUAGUGCAUUACCAGUAAGAUUUCAAAGUUCUUUGUCUGGAAACUUAAAGGAACACUAUAGGGUGACCUCAUCAGAAUUGACAAAUUUUAGCCAAUGGGAAAGCAUUGGACUGGCUAAAAUCAGCAAGGGGCGGAGCCACAUACAAUUUUGUCCAAUCAGCACCUCCUCAUAGAGAAACGUUCAGCGUCUCCAUAGAGACGCUGAACGGCACUGCUGCUUACUGUGCAGCCCUUAGCCAGGAAGCACCUCCAGUGACCACUUGAAGGUGUCCCUAGGUGCAAUGUAAACAGAGACAAGGCAGUGUUUGCAUGAAAGUACCUGAAGGCAAUGAUUAUACUCACCAGAACAACUAUGUUCUGGUGACUAUAGUGUCCCUUUAACAUGAUGCACAGUCAUUAUUACCAUGUCCUGCACAACUGCAUCUUGCAUUAAACUCCCCAGGUGAUUAGUUUUCCUGCUCAGUGGAAACAAUGGUAUUUUUCUUUAACCCCAUUAUCUAUAUUAGCGUCACCUGUGCUUUCAUUCAUAGUACAUAGAAAAGAUUUACUUGAUUGGCACCAAUUGAGAAUAGUAAUGGGAAACGGCACUGCACAUAGCUCCAUGUAAGGCUUAGUGGAUCCCGGCUGCUAUAAUUUAAUUAUACAUCCGUCACCGGUACAUGCAACGUUUCUGCCACUAAGCCUUGGUCAUGACCAAGUCUUUGUAGCAGAAAUAUUCUGUGUAACUGUGACUGUUUGCACAAAUAUAUUAUUAGCACACACCCCUGUGAGACUAUCCACUUAUUGUUAGAAUACCAAAAUGAGACUGUUAACUGGGGUGAUUAGGAAAUAGUUUGCACCUUUCUAGUGCUGGAAAGUGGAACAAACAUUGCUCACCUCCCAAAUAUUCUCAUGGUUUAAAAAUAAAAAAUAAAAAAAAAGGUUCAGACACAACUUCUCCUCUAUGUUAAUUGUUUUAUUUAUUUGGUUUGUUUUUAAUAAUUCAGAUACACAGUACUCUCGAAACAUGAAAUAGUCAACUGUCAAAUUAGAGUUCAAAUGCUUGUUUAUCCAGAUUCCUAUAUCUGUUGUGGGUGUAUACCAAACUUUAUACAGUUGUGUUUUUUUUUUGUUUGUUGUUUUUUUGUAUUCCUCUGUUUUGUUUAAAGCACUAGAGGCUAAGUGUAACAACACAAGAAAAAAAAAAAUUAAACCCCAUGAUAAGUAAGACACAAAACGUGUAGAGGCUUUUUGACUGUAUUUUUUUUAAACUUGUGGUUGCGACAAUAUGACCCCACUGUAUUGUGUGUGUGUGUGUGUGUGUGUGUGUGUGUGUAUAUGUGUGCAUGUGUACAUCCAUGUCUCAUUCAAAUGGAUACACGAGUCCCAGAUAAAAUAAUUAAAAGUGUACAUUUGAUGAUUUAAUAUUUUAUUAAAUUGUAUUUUAUUUAUUAAUAUCUAUCUAGAUUUUUUUUAGAACCGUUUACCCCUAUUUAGUGAAGACUAAAUAAAGAAAGAAUUGCUUUCCAGAAAAAGAAGUGUUUGUAUAUGUUUAAAACAUAAGUUUAAUUAUCAUAAUAUAACCAAACCACAAAAACAUUCGUUAGACCCAAGUACAGUAGUGUUAAAAAAACUCCAACGUGAACCCAGCCAAGUCUAGAUACACUAAAAAUUAAAGGGACACUAUAAUGUCUUGUUGAAGUCGUCUGGGUGACUCAUUGAAGUGGUCUGGGUGCAAUGCCAUUGUUCUCUUAACCCUGCUAUUGCAAUUAUUGCAGUUAUUGAGAAACUGGGUGCCCCGGAGUCCUUAGUGGACUUUUGGUCCGCUAAAUGAUGCUGGAUGUCCUCAUGCCCACCCACCACACAUGCGCAUUAGGUCCCCAUUGUCAGCUGAUGGUGGUGGAGGAGGAGGAACGGAUGUGGAGCCUGACCCACCACCAAAUGACAAGUGUUUUUAACCCUUUCAGCGCUAUGGAGGGGUUCUAUUGUGCUAGGAAUACAACUUUGUAUUCCUAUCACUACGGUUUCCCUUUAACUUGUUCAGCAUUAUUAGUACAUCUGAAGCACUGCUGUCUAAACACAGAGUAGCAUUGGGGUGUUACAAUGUAAAGUUAAUGAAUUGCUACUAACAAAAUACAAGCUUCUGAUUAAGGAUGCUCCUAGAAAAAAGGCACUCUGAGUAAGAGGCAACUGUAAAAAAAAAUGGCUCAACUUUUAAUUACAAUAGUAAAAGGUGCCUAAAAUCAUGUAGCAAGUGAGGUAAUCAAGAUAUUCCAAAUAUGAUGCCAACAGAGAUAACAAUUAUCACAGUUAAUGGUAAGGGACCUAAUAGAUGGGAUGUCUCUAAGUGUUCCUUCAGGGGCACCUAUUCCUAUCCUGGUAGAUACAGGCUGUCACCAUCUCUACUAUCUGGCUAGUCUUGGAUUUUUUUUUUUUAUAUUGGGCGAUAAUUAAGGGCUAUAAAAGGAAGCAAACUGAUGCAUAUUCAAGACCGUGAUAUCAUAUCAGGAGUUUGUAUCCGUGUCAGAAGAAUCAGGAAGUAUCCGGAUAUUUGACAGCAUCCCGAGAUCGCCAAUAUUGCGUAGCUCUUCAAGCAGUGCUUGGGGUGUUCUAAGAAUGCUGACUGAGGUUUAUACUUAACUGGUUUUGUUUGGGAGUUUAAAUACUACUCCACUUGGGUUUUACCCAAUGUUUUUGUUGUUUGAUUACAAUAUGAUAUUAAACGUUAUUUUUAAAUAAUAAAUCAUUUUAAUCAAGUUUAUCCAACAAUAUUAAAUCAGGACUCAAGUUUAUAUUUAGACUGUCUGGUAUUAAUCAACAGGAAUUUGAGUUGAGUUUUGCGAAGUAGUGAGACGCUUGGAGUGGAGUUCGGGGUAGAGCUGUCCGUAACUGAAAAUAUGCUCUGUCAUCAAGGCCCAUCUCCGUCUCGGCUACUGUUCUAAGGACACAGCUUGCUAGCCCGUUGAGCUUUCAUGCUGAGCCAACAAAUCGUCUCUAGAAGACAUUUAAUCCAGGUUAUGAUUAGGAUGUGGUCAACACUUUGAAUAGUUUGUAGGAACUUUUGUUUCAAGUUUCUGUGAAGUUUCUCCAGUCUCUCUUUUAUGUCACAUUUCAAUUUUAUAUGCAUAUUUUUGUUUUUAGGAGGUAUGGUCAAAUUCUAGAGGUGGAGUAUAGCUCCCCAUCAUAUUUAAAGGAACACUAUAGUGUUAGGAAUACAAAGCUGGGUGCAAUAAACUGUAUUUCGCACCAUCUGACAAUGAAAGGGUUUAAAUUUGUUUUUUUGUUUGUUUUAAAAAAAGCUUUUUAUUUACCUGAUCUCAGCACUGAGAUCCCUCAGCGUUGGCUUGAUCUCUGUCUCCUAAGACAUCAUGAGAGGGAACCUAGUAGUGAGCAUAUGUGGCGAGCGCCUAGUGCGCUUUAGGCCUUCCCCAUAGGAAAGCAUUGAAUCCAUGCUUUCCUAUGGGGUUUUUGAACACACUGGACAUCCUCACGCAAAGUAUGUGGACCUCCAGCGUUGUUUUUACAGUGUUUAACUCUGUCAAAAUGCAGGAAGCGCCUCUAUUGGCAUUCAGGGAGAUGGCUGCUAGAGUCUUAACUACAGGUGAUACUCGAAAAAUUUGAAUAUCGUGCAAAAGUUUGUUUAUUUCAGUAAUGCAAUGUAAAAGGGGAAACUAAUAUGAGAUAGGCGCAUUACAUGCAAAGCAAGAUAGUUCAAGCCGUGAUUUGUCAUUAGUGCAAUGAUUAUUCAAGUAUCACCUGUAUUCAAUGUAAACUUUGCAGUUUUAGAGAAACUGCAAUGUUUUACGUAGCAGGGUUAAGGGGACAGGGACAGGGACAGUGCAACCAGACUAUCUAAAUGAGAUGAAGUGGUCUGGGUGCCUAAUCAUGUCAAUUUUAGUGUGUGGUGGGAUUUUUAUUCAUUUAUUUUUUAGUUUAGAAGUAGGUGACCUACUUAAGUCGUAUAAAAUCAAUUGGCGACUUCUGUACUCCUAAAUAACAAUUUGAUUCUAUCUCAAAGAUUCUUUUUUUUAAAUUUUUUUAAUUAUAUUAUAUGCCUGUAUAUCUAAAUAUAGAGCAAACUCACAUAAAGAUAUCUGCCUUCACAAGCCUUCCCUAAGGAGGGAAUUCAAAAUAUUUACUACCUUUUACAGUUAAAAAUACAUUUUGUGCAGGUGCCUCCCACUUUCUUCAACUACCACAGGAAAAUCUCGUCUCAUCUGUAAAUCUCUCAAUAUGUAUUUUUAAAUAUGAUUUUUAUCUGUUUUUAUAUUUAUAUAGGUUCUUUUACUGAUGGGGAAAUGAAUAGGCAGCCUUUGCACAUUUUUCCUCGUUAACUAAUAUCAGCAUCUUUUACGACUCAAUAAGGGGCCCUGAUUGUAAUAAACUGAAAUCUAAACCUCAGGAUUAAAGUGGUUAAAGGGAAUUUGAAAGACUCUCCGGAACUGAAGAUAUUAAAUCAAUGCAUCUCUAGGGGAAAGUUCAGCGUCUCCAUGCAGAGCGUGCAUGGAGCGGACGGAUGGGUCCGGUCCCGUCUGUCCGUCCGUCCAUUACAUUCACCAAAUACAAUCUAUUUUUUUUUUUUUACAUGAACACAUGCAAAAGUAUGUGCAGAACUGUUCACUGAACCAGAAAUGCUUUAAGCAACAGACUGUCUCUUUCCAGAAUCUCUGCCAAUUCACUUACCCACCCAAGGAAUAUGUGGGUGAUCAGAAACAAAGUACAAUGCACUCAUUAAGCCAUUAUAAAAAUAAUGCCAUAACGUGGCAUUACAUAACCCAUUGUACAUGUUAGUCUCUUGUUAAAUCUUCAUGUAAACUACCUUGAAGGCAAACCCAGAAGCGUAAGAAAGGAAAACAAAGAGAAGGGGCCUGUACACACGUGAUCCAUUAAUCUCGAUGCAGAAUCCUUCUAUUCUUGAGAGCAUUGCACAUUAUUUUUAGUAUGUAACGGAUUAAACGAGGGGAACUCCAUUUGUAAACAAUCCAUUGUAAGUGAAAAGAUACAAUGAUCUUGUGGAUCAGGGAAUUUCACGGUCUCUGAAAUUGCAACCCUUGUAAAUUGCUGUGUGCACACGCAAAGCAAAACACAAUCUUAGACGUACAAUAUGAAAAGGCGCUAGUACAAAUCACAUAAUUAUAACCAAAAUCUCAUAAUACGUCUUUAAAAUAGAUCUAAAAGACUCCAGAAUAAUAGUUUACACAAGUACUUCUGCAGGAGUUACACCGUGUUCCAACGAUCAUACGCAGGUUCGAGUCAUCUGGUGUCCCACGCCUAUACAGCAACAGAGGCAUUGGUCGAUGCGUUUUCUUGCCAAAUAAAUAAAGAUGGAAACUUCACAAAAUCUACUAUAAUUAUUUUUUUAAAUCCAUAUUUACUACAAGAAAAGUAGUUUAUUGCACCAAAGGACAGUUCUAAUCACUUUUGUGUCACUGCAAGGUGCUUCACUCGGAGCUUGAUCAUUUCUGAGAGUGGGUUAUAUGGUAAAGAUUUGCAGAAAUUGCUGCCUCAAUAAGAUCAAUUACACUUGUUUCAUUAGAUCAGUUUUAUCCAUAUGGUGUAUGUGGACUGCAGACCCUGUACAUGAAAUAGGGAACACUCUCCCUGGAAAGAGCCAAGCCUCGGACUGCACAUGGGUGGGUCUAUGUCUCCGCCAAUAGCAAAACACAGCCUGGUUCACUAAACUGUGAGCCGGGCUAUGUAUAACCUGAUAGCACUGUGGUAUGGUUGCUAUCUGGAUAUAUUGCAUUUCUAAUCUUUCUAUGUGAUGAUUGGAACUAUGGCUGGAUAAUCUACAUAUCUCAUAACCUCCUGCUGGUCAGAGUAUUAUGGGAUAAAAUCAGUCCCAAUACACCAGCAUGAGUUGCUCAGGAUUGCGACACAGCAAUGCAAGUGUGCAAGUUCCAUAAAAGGCAAGGUCCGCUUUUACUGCAAACCAUUUACUGCUGUUUAGAAUUUUCACAAAAGAGGCGCAAGAUCACAUCCAAGCUCCAUACAUGAUCUGGCAUGACUAUAGUAUGACUAUAGCAUAGCAUUCGUUGGGGCAUUGAAGAAAUUUCAUGCAGUGCAUGGAUUUAGACAGCACUAAUUGGUAAGCUUGUAGUAACCAUGAUCACUGUUCACGUGCAAAGCAUGCGGAUUAUUAAAAUGUAUAUGAGUCAUCAAGGAACAAGGAAGCACAUUUUCUCAGCAGUUUGAAACCAUUAAAGUCUUUAAUCUGUUGGCUGUGUAUAUGUUUGCAGUAUACACUUUAUGAUACACCUGUUGUAAUUGAUCGCAUUCUCAGUUCGCUUUUGAACUAUCAGUGUAAAUUAAUUUAAUCCACUGUAGAACGUAAAAAAUCAGUGUGAAUUAAUUUAUUCCACGAACAGCUUAACAAGUAUUUACAGUGCCACCACUGUACAUAUCACUGACCAUCAGAGUAUCAGGGGAUUCUUUCAUGACACCCUGUGUGAACCUAUAAAAAUGAUCCCUUACUUUUUUUUAGUGGAGUGUGUUUGGGAGUAUAGAAUUCCAAACUGGCAGCUGAUCGUGAAAUACUGUCUUCAGCUUGUUUAGCCAUAUACAGUCAAUACCACUGUCUGGUUUAAAAAUAAAUAAAUGGCAUAUAGAGGAGGCUUAGCUAGAAGCACAACCAUCUUGCCGUCCCUGGGAAUCGGCUGAACCUGGCAAAAGGCUUGCCGUCGGAACUUCUCUUCCGUCUGAUGCCGAUUUAAUCUUAAUGUCUGUUCUGUAGAUUCCUUAUACUCUCUUUAAUUUCUUAUUUUGUUCUUGUAUAGUGUGGCGGUAUAACGCGAUAUUUGGUUCUUGUAGUUCCUAUAUGCAAUGUGACCCAACAUGGUCUUGAGUAUUUCUUACUAUCUGACAAUCACCACGUGUAGUGCCUCCUAUUUUGAUGCUGCCAUAGUGCCAUUGUUAUAUUCGCUAUGUUGCCCAGUUUUUAUUAAAAAAAAAGUGCUUAUAGCACCUAGUGUGAAUUACCAUGUCACCUUCAAUAACCGUGUGCAGUAAUUGCAAUAUGUUCCUACACUAUUGUUCUUAUUGUGUUCGUUCAGCUUGUAAAUGUUUGGUACUGUUGCCUUUAUGCUACUAUGUAUUUUUAACCUAUCUCACUCAAUAAAAUAAACCUUGACAACAAAAAGAAUUGAUCUGUUCAUCAAAGGGCAGUGCAGACAAUCGCCCCCCUGCCUGUGUUUUUCUACCUACCUCCUGGUAGGUAGAAGGCUGGGACACCAGUGCAAAUAUUUAUUUUCUCUGCAGAAUAAUGGUAACCUGUUGUAUACAAGCCUCUAUUUUUUUUUGGAUGGCUGCAGGUUUGUAGGGAAGAAGUUGGAUAUCUGAAUAUUAUUGCAGAUUGUGAGCAAUUGUGCAAUGAAUCCAGGAUACAGUUACUGAAAUCUUAAUACUUGUAGUUGGUGUUUAUUUUGAAAACCAUUGUUUAAAUUUUAUCACUGGUAAUUCUAACUUAUGCAUAUUGUCAUAUAGCAAAAGUGUAGUUGGUGAGAAUUUGAUAUACCGUAAACUAAAGUAAAUUCCAGCGGUUUCUCAAAAAGUAGUAAAAAAAACAAACAAAAAAAAAACCCUAACUCUGACCGUGAACAGCCCUCUAUUUUGAUAACUCAGUCAUCAUGAGCUUUUUUUCGCUAGAAUUGUGAAGUUGAUGUUUCCAACUCUUGUGUAAAUUAAUAUUAUUAUUAUUUUUUAUUUUAUUUUUUAAAUUAAUCAUCUCUUUCCUUUCCCCUCCAAGCUAUUCACCAUGUUUCGAAAAAAGAAGAAGAAACGACCAGAGAUCUCUGCUCCUCUAAAUUUCCAACACCGGGUACAUACAUCCUUCGAUCCAAAAGAGGGCAAGUUUGUGGGUCUCCCUCUACAAUGGCAGAAUGUACUGGACACCUUAAGACGCCCCAAACCAGUGGUGGACCCUUCCAGGAUAACUCAAGUGCAGCUCAAGCCCAUGAAAGUAAGUUGAAAAAACUUGUGUUCAGCAAGGUAGGCUAAUGAUUGGGCUUGUUAUCUGCAAAGCGCUUUUACACACAAACUUCCAAGAUUUGACUUAUGGUGAAACUGACAUUUACUUAUCUAUUCUAUUGAUACUUGAUAGUUGUUCCAUACGGCAUUUCUUUGUCAUAAGCAAUCAAUGUAAUUUUUCAUACUUCUCUAGAGUGAAGGAAUAUGGACAAAAUAAUAUUAAAAAAAUAAAAUAAAUAAAUAACAAACACCAAAGUUUGUGGUUAUAACUUACUUUCAUCUGUGUGGUCACUGUCCACAAACUUAUGAGGGAUCCUAUUUACCGCAUGUUUGGGUGCUCAUAGACUGUGACCAAAUGAAGAACAAUUAAAGGCAUGCUUGAAAGCAUAUAUGUUGUUGACAACAUUCCUUACCAUCAUUAUUUAAUUAUCAAUCUGUCUCUAUCUCUCGAUGGACAGUGCUGUCUCUCCCCCUUUGAUGGACAGCUUCACAGUUUAGAGAUCUACCAGUACUUAUGUACUGGGUCAACUAAAUGUUGGAGCAUUUUUCAAAAUGAACAGAAUGUUUUAAGAAAUUACAAACAUGUUGUGUGCCAGAUUAUUCAACCACUACACUUAAUUCAAAUGUUUCUGUGUUCUACAGACCUUUGUCCGUGGCAGCACCAUUGGGUUGGAAGGCUACAUCUCCGGGAUUCUAAAUGACAUUCAGAAGCUCACGGUCACUAGCUCAAACACACUUAGAGGAGGAACACCUCUGUCAAGAAGACGAGCCCAAUCCUUAGGCGUUCUUGGAGAUGAGAAGCCAAUUAAUGGGCCAUAUUUGAUUGAUGAGCAGAAUAUAACUAACAAAUAUGGGAACUAUGUUAACUGUAAUGGGAAUGCUAAGACAAGUAGAAGGCAGACCAUGUGGCCAGACUAUAAACCAGUUGAAGAAAACCAGUCCAGGCCCAAUGGCUCUGUCAUAAAAGCAAAAUCCUUAGAUCCUGGAGAUUUUCAAGACACCCAGGACCAUGUAGCAGAUCCCAAGCAAUCACCUGCUAGUUUGAAGGAGGACAUCAUCGAUGGGAGUAGCUUCAAACGGGACAUACAAGCAACGAGACAAUUAUCCCAUGAAAUACUGUUAUGCCCACAGAAAGAUGGCACAACACCAAAAUCAGCAGAGUUUUCUUCAAAACCUAGACUGUUCCGCAGUGUUUUUGUGCCCUCUAGCAAUGUCAAGAGAGACACCGAGAUGUCUAACCAAGCACAGCAAAUAAAGGUACAAUUGUUUUCUUUAAUGUUCCACCUACACUUUUACUGGUCCUGGGAAUUAUUUUGUUUCUUCAUGACACUAAUUAUUUGAAAGUAUUUUUUAGAUAUUCUGUUUUUUUAUUAUAAUGAACCCUUCCAUCCUUUUCCAUCCUUUUUAAAUGUGUGUUACAGAAAUGCUCUAUUAAAGAAGGGGGAAUAUAUAUAUAUAUAUAUAUAUAUAUAUAACCCCUUAAGGACCAAACUUCUGGAAUAAAAGGGAAUUGUGACAUGUCACACAUGUCAUGUGUCCUUAAGGGGUCAAAUACUUAUUGUUAUUAUAGAUUUUUUUUUGUAUUCUUUAUUUUUAUUGUGCAAGUGUGAACAAUCAAGCUUUAUAUACCACAACAGCUCUAUCAAGCAUAUUAAGACAGGUAUAGGAAAUCAUUAACAUGGCAUUAAUAGGAAUCGCACCUUUUUUUUUUAUAGUGAAUUGACAGCCGAGUAACAAUAACAUAGUAAUUAAUGUCAGUAGGUAGGUGAAACUCUAUGGCUUAGUAAUCAGGCUAUAUUGACUGACAUGGGUACCAUAAGUACUGAGUAUGUAAACAAGCAUAAGUGUAUGUGUCUUCAGGUUCAUAAUCUGUGUCUGCACAGUUUAUAAGUUACAUUAUGAGAGAACUAUGGAGUAGACAGGUGGGGUCAGUAACGGGUAAAUCAGUGCCUGCAUUCUAACGCGUCUGAUGAUAGAUCAAUACCAGAGUAUCACAUGAGAGCUUAGUGUUUGCAUUGCACCUGUUUCCCUUUGUUAUCUAGCAGGUUUAACAUAGUCUACAGUAGUAAGAUUUAAAAAAAAAAAAAAAAGUAAGAAAAACCAUAACAGAACUUUGCACGGAAAACAAUAAAUGCACACAGUAGCAUGGAUCUUAAGAAAGGGAUCUUGUCUGUAGAUGAGGUCUUCCCCAGAAGGCUCCUUAUGAUAUGCGUGGGAGUCCAGUUAGGUUUUGUUUGGGAGUAUGGAGAGGCAAAGUAUUAUGUCUGGUGUUGAGCCUGGACCUCCCUCUUGGACAGUCCCGGUGUCCUUCAGCCACUGCCUCGUAAGGGCAUGUCAAAGUUCUGUCCAGUGGGGCUAAUGAGCCAGCUAGGUGAGGUAAGUCCCAUUAAAAAAGUACCUUGAUGGCGUGUCAGUUGGUGGGUGGCAUUCAUCCUUCUAUUGUGUGGUGUCAUCUGGCUGGGGGUGCUCCUGACUGAUUUGUGGAUGCUUCUGUGCAGUGAGUGGCCGUACCUUUCCUUCCUCCGUUUGCGGCACUGCUGUCUGGCGUUUGGUGUGGUCUACCUCAGGGCCCUGAGUCACGUGCCUGUUGCAACGAUUCUUGAGUGCAUGUGCGGGCAGGUGAGAUUUUGAAGGUCGAGUGCCAGGUUGUCGCCGCAUGUGGGAGUAGAUUCUCCACCAACAAGGUUUCUGUUGCUUUUGCUGCCAUCUUGCUCUUCUCCACGUGUGGAUGGUGAGCAGGGGUCGCCCCCCCGUGUGGCUCGUGUCCCUGAUGGGCCAUUGGGCCGAUAAUUUGUGGCUCUGUUAAUUGUUUUGCCCAGACGGCCCCGGUGGCACCUCAGUUUUUCGCCAUGCGGGGGACAGGUCUGCAGCUGGCUUUUGUGCCGCUAGUGCUCUAGCUGCAAUGCUGGCCCAUGAUAUUGCUGGUGGUUGUCGCCUGUUGUCCAGGCGUUCCCAAAACUGCCUGCAUAUGGCGUUGAAUUUUGCCUGGAAGGCCACUGCCCAGUCGCUGGGUGGUAGCUGCUCUGUGUGGGGAGAAGGGCCAUUGGCCAUCUUGGUCCGGCUUAGUGUCUCUUUUCCGUUAGAUUUGCGUCCUGGAGCUCUCUGGGGUGAGUGCUCACUUUCUUGAAGUAGACCGGGAUGACCCCCGCCGGUGCGGGGGUGGAGAGGGAGAGAAUGCGGGCUCCUGUGCAGAGACUCUGGCUGUCUGGGCCACGGGAAAGCGGCCGUCUCUCCCGCGCCCUCUCCAUGCUUGUAGGCCUCCGAUUCUUGCCUGGUGAGUAUUGCUUGUAUUGCCGCUUGUGUAGUAUCAUCCUGUGCAGCUUGUCGUCUCCUCUCUUUUGGUAGCCUUUUCCCAUUGAAAAUUUGCAGUUUGGGCAGUGAAAAUCUGUUUUAAGUGCUAUCUGCAGUAGGAGCUGCUGAGGUUUUCUUCCUCUCAGCUCUGCAGCCAGGCCUCGCCCCCAUUUAUUUUUAUUUUUUAACAAUGUAUUCCAUAUACUCACAAUGAAAAUAUACAUGAAUUGCCUGUCUGAGAUGUAGAAGGUCCACUGUGUAGAACAAAUGAAAUGAGCAAAAUCAGAAGACGACAGUCAUACAUUCUAAAAACAAAACAGAUUGUUACGUGUAACAAGACAGGGAUGAAGAUGACAUGGCACUUACAGCCGGUAUCCCUUUUCCCUACCUUACAUCGGGAAGAGGAGAGGUUGUCUGUGCAAAUGGAGAACCAGCCCUCAUAACUGCAUCUGAUUUUCUCCUGAAGGACAAACCUGAUGUCUCUUUAUAGAAUAAAACGGCCAAAGUAGGACCAUGUUCCCUGGCUGACAAUGCUCAGCUCUCACUCUCAACCAAUGAGCACAGUAUGGCUUGGCUCUGCAGAACCAACAGGAAUACUGGAAGCAGGGGAUACAGUUGAAGGUGGCCGGCGGGACCCAAGUAAGUAGUCAGACUGUAUUAAAACAGUUUGACUGCUUACCAUCGAACAGUGCCAGGACAUAGUGGUUAUGGUGCUUACUGUUCCUUUACUUUCCCAGAAUAUAUUCAGAGAACGAAAAUAACAUUCUAUAGUAACAUGCAUUUCUUUUUUUUUUCUUUGCAUAUUAUUACAUCUUUAUUUUGUUAAUAACUUGCAAAUCUUGGCAUCAUGAUUAUAUUACUUCACUUCACUAAUAGGACACAAUAGGCAUCAAAACAUCUUUAGCUUAAUGAAGUAGUUUUGGUGUAUGCCCUUGUAGUCUCCCUACUCAGUUCUCUGCAAUUUAGGCGUUAAAUCACGUUGUUUACACAGCACUAGUCACAUGUACCUGCAUUAUACUUACACAGCCUUCCUAAACACUUCCUGUGAAGAGAGAUCUAAUGUUUACACUUCCUUUAUUGCAAAUUCUGUUUGAUUUCUCCUGCUCUGUUAAUAGCUUUCUAGACCCUGCAGGAGCCUUUGCAUGUGACUAAAGUUCAAAUUACAGAGCAGGAGAUAAGAACUUCUAAAGUAAGUAGGUUAACAUCUAAACCUUUUUUUUAAUUUUUAUUUAUUUUUAAUACAGGCUGUGUCAGUCACAGCCUGGGGAGGUAUGGCUAGGGCUGCAUAAACAGAAACAAAAGUGAUUUGACUCCAAAAUGGCAGUGAAUUAAGCAGUAAAACUGUAGGGGCAUGAUUUAUACACUAAAACUAUUUUGUUAAGCUAAAGUUGUUUUGAUGCCUAUAAUGUCCCUUUAAAAUGCAUUUUUUAUAUAUAUAUAUAUAUAAUAUGAUUUUUUUAUUUUUUUUUAUAAAUUACAUGUUUGGUUUAUUUUUUAAAUACUGUACUUUGUGCAAAUGUUGCUCACCGUACUUCCAAUUUACAUGUUUUUAAUCCAAGUUAAUCUGUUUAGGGCAGCUGUCCGCAAUCCAGAACUUCAAGGACAUAACUAGUAGUGGGUACAAGUUUGGCCGUUGUUAAUGAAUACCAAUGGUGAUCGCUCCAGCCUUAAAUCUAGGCAAUUAUCUCACAAUUAUCUUUGUUCUGCUCUGAUUAUCUUGCUGUUUAAGUGAAAUAAACCCAUUUUGUGCAGCUUUCAUGGCGUAACUCAAGGGCACUCGUUUGUUACAACUUUUCAGGGUGACACAUGUCCUCAGUGAAUUGUGAAAUUGUUUCCCUUUCAGCCUGUACCCUUAGCAACCUGUGAGGCUCUCCAAUCAACAGCCCCCAGAUAUCCUCAAUACCAAACAUACCCCCCAUAUUAACAUGUAUUCAGUUCCAAGCCAAAUAGAAUGUAUGAGAACACUCUGACUUACCCUUUUAUUUGUGCUUGCUCGGGACUCGUGCAAUGUUUAGCCUACUUUUGCAAUUGCAAGAAAUUUAUAACCGUUUGCUUACCAUUAACUGGUGAAAGAUAAUGAAUAGCACCUUUCAAAUAAAUACAGCCGUUAGUCCUCUACCAUGUGCGUAAUAUUCAAAAUAAACUCCCAAAGCAAGAUUUGCAAUCAACAGAGGCGAGCUAGCUCAGGUGUAUUUGGUGCACAGGUAUCUUGAAUCACUUUUGUAUUUAGACUGACAAAUAUUCAGUGGAGCAGAGCUAAAGUAUAGAUCCGGGAGAUCGAAACAAGAUCCAUUCUUCUAUAUUUUUACUCUUUUUAACCGUUUCCUCUCAUUCCACAAUUCUCCCUUCCAGCUUCUUUUUUUUUUUUUUUUCCUUUUUCUUCUUUUACCUGCCAAAACUCACAAAGCUGGAUUUACACUUUAUGUGACUGUGGGCACAGAAUUCCCUGGUGCCCCUUCUUCCCCUAAAAAAAAUAUCCUUUUCUCCUUUGCUAGCGCCAUGUUUUGGGGAAUGCACAGGAUAUGUUGUUUCUCACACAAAUAAGAAUAAAAUCAAAUUGUCAUUUACUUCAUAGUAAAAUAAAGUAUAUGAAAAUCUCUCUAAAAGGUAAAAAAAAAAGUACACUUAUUCACUGGAUAGAUGUCCCUGCCUUCUUCUUCUUCAUAUUAUUAUUUAUAUAGCGCUAGCAAAUUCCAUAGCGCUGUUUCUUGAUCUAUUCUUAACUCUUGCCGUCAUAUCUCACUUCUCCUAAUCGGUUUGUAACAUUCUUAUUCUUCCACAAUACUUCCCUUCACUCCUAUUGACCUCUUCUAAUUUUCCUUUCAAAAUCUGGUAAUUUAAAAAAUCUCUCUGUACUUGAGUAUUUCAUGCAGUAAGAAUCAGGUCUGUUUUUUGUCUUUUUAAAAACCUACAUUUGUGAGGAAGCUGAUACAGCAGAGAUAUCGAUCUUCGUAUUCACAAGUGUAAAGAUUUUUGUUUCCCUGCGCGUUGUGUUAAGAAUACUAUAAAAUGUAUCCACACCUACUGAAAGGAGCCUCCACUAAAGGGCCCCACUUGUGUAAACAGUGAAAUACCAGUAGAGACAUGAAGGCAGAUGUCUAUAAUUUUUCAUUUUUGGGGAUCAUACCUUUCCAGUCCAGGCAGGUUAGGAAGAUUCGCCUUGUACCAUCUAUCGGUACAAGUGAUGAUGGGUGUAGAGAGAAUUUCAGAUGGAGGGGAAAAAAAUGGCUAGAGGGGGGAUGCGAGUUCUAAAAUGCUCUUGACCUUACAUUUUUAAAGCAAUAUCUCUUAUGACACGAGGUAUAAAUCAGCGUGCAACAUUUGCAAGUCUGUACAGUCAAAGACUUCUCAGGUCACCCAUGCUGUGUAACAGUUAUUACAUUACACAAGCAUCUCGUGCCACUCUCGGAAUUCAUGUCAUUCUUCCAGGUGAUCAUAAUUACAUCAAAGAAUUUAUCUGAUCUAACUGGACACCAGAAUUGUCGGCUGUGUAUAUAUGGUCUCCCAGAGCAACACGUUUUAUGAUCAAUACAGUUAAUUUAGAUCUGUAAUGAUAGGGCUAUUUGUCACGGUCCAUUUUUUACAUAGUUUCCAUAAGUCUCAGUUAAUUACCGCUCCAUUUAUUAAAGACUUGAGAUUAACUCGCAACUUGGCUUUGCUCCAGUAUUAAGUAUUGUAUUGAAGUUUAGGUAUGUGGCUUACUAACAAGCUCUUACUUUUUGUAUGAAGAAUGACAGGGAUACUUAUUAAAGUUUAAAUUGUUUGGAAUGAAAAAAAAUUUAAUAAAACACUGGCCUCAAAUUGCAGAAUUGCAAAAUGUAGAAAUAAUUCAAUUUUUUGUAACUCUGUUUAAUCCCUUUAUUGGCUGAAUUCUGUUCUUUCAAUGACCCCAGCUAGCUUGUUUUCAUUGUGUGGUUUAUCUGCUUGCUUCUCACAAAUCAAUCAUUUGUGUUCUCCUGGCCUUGGUCCGUUAAUGUUGUACGAUUUACAGAACUAGUCUUUUUACUUUUUAGGAGAUUUCACGCUAAAUCUGGCCAAACGAAAGACUGGUAAUAUGGGAUUUCUCAAUUUGCAAGGCAACGUCAAAGUAUAAACACUGUGUAUGUAGGUAAUCGGUGUCUGCCUUGCAAUGUGAGAAACCCGGUAAUUCCCCUGUUUUUAAACACUGAUUCUUGGCCAUCUACCAUCGCAGGCAUAAGUUGUUUUCAAACUAUAUCUGCCAUUCAGCGGUUGUUUUACUGUUGAAUUGCUGAAGUCACUGAUAUUUCACGAGGUUCUCACCAUUUUGCUUUGAAGAUCUAAUAUUCUGGAAUUAGCAAUUUGGUAGAUUCAACUGAUUAUUAUUUUUUUGUUUGUUUAGAAAAAUGUUUUCAUAUGAUUCUUAUUUUUAAUCUUCUUUUUUGCCCGCUCUCUAACUGAAAGAACAAAUGUUUUGGAUAUAGUCCAUGAUGUCCAAAGCAGUACUUUAGAAGAAGCAUUUUCCUUGUAGUGUACACUACAUUGCUUCCUUUAAUUGACUAAUGGAAUGUUAAUGUGAAUAUUUAUGAAAUUCCUCUGGGCUAUUAACCUUGAAAACUAGACUGGGUAUUCCUGACAAACUUACUUCAAGCUUUUAUCGGGACUAUAACCAUGAAAUAUAACCAUGUAAUGUCAAUCUUUUGAGAGCUAUAGUGAAAGACUCACAAUCUGAAAUCGACCUGCCUUCCAGACUCUUUAUAGCCACAUUUGGCAUAAAUUACAUCACACCGUCAUUUGUAUCGUGUGCUUAUAGUCAAGCCAUGUGUGAUGCCAUAUAUGCAGCAGGAAAGUAGGUGUAAAUUUAACUGUUUUGUGUGCAUUGUAACUACUUCUGGCACAAACUAUGUCACAAAUAUAUGUUCAAAUUGGUAGCCCAUCAGGCAUUUCACUAGUUUGCUCAGUAGUCAUUCUGCCCUGCUGAUUGACAUCCAGAUUUCAGCAUCGUAUGAAACGCAUUGUUUAGAGGUUCGCACUGUAAACUGGUUUAUUACACGUGAACGAAACGCUAAACUCUGACACAGCUUUCAAAACUUUUAGGUAGUGACAAACUUCUAAUCCAAUAUAUCCCCUCCAAGUGUCUCUGAACUCAUUAGACAGGUUUGAAGAUAGCAGUUAUGACUUAACAGAUGUGUAGGAUCUUCACUAACACAGCAAUGUGCGGUUUGUGCAUGGGCUUCCAAUCUCAGUACUUUCCAGAACUGAACUGGCCAACUGUGAUUAUUUCCCAGUAGAUUGUAGUAACUGCAGUACCAGACUGCAAAACUAUGGGGAAGUAUGGUGUUAACAGGUGACCACAGGGUGGGAUGAGACAGUGACCAUUACAUUUCUAAACACAUAGUUGGGUGCGUUAGAAACAAAAAUGAGUUAAGGGUGCACACUAGUCUAAAGCACGAAGAUAUAUUAAACUUCCAAAGGUUCUAAAAUACAGUGUAUCCCAGUUACACCACACAGCCACAUUAAUGUAAAAUAGUCAUAGGUGUACACAGAUCUUUUUCACAAUCUGUUUAAAGAGCAAACAAAGGCCAUUCAUUGUACCUACCCCAUGGGCUGAAAUGUUGGCAACCCUCUCCUGAUUCUAACUGCUCACCAUUCCACUCCCAUUUCUGACUACUUACCCCAUGUUGUAAUAAAAGACCGCAUGGCUGAGGAUAGUGGGAGCUGAGGAAUAAGAAUGAAAUGGUGGGGGGGGUUUGACUUGAGGGUAGGUAGAUGGAGGUUGGUAUUUGGAUCCCUACACCACUUUCUUUCUUUGCAUUGUGCACAUUAAAACAAUAUUGUUUUCUGAACGCGGUCUUCUGUUGGCAGCAAAAGCUGAAAUAGUUAGCUGCCGCAAGAUUGUUUAUCAAAAUCUCUGAUAUUAUAUCAUGCGUAUUAAGCCAGGUCAGUUAUUACUUUAUGUACAUUGUUGGCUGUGUGCCAAGUGAUUAUAGUUCAUAUGCGUUUUUUACUUUAUAUGAACUGUUCUUCUAAAUAUGACCACUCCCUCUAGUGGAGAGCAGGCAUUACUACAGCAAUACUUUUCUGAAAACUUUAAACCCUUAGAGCAAAUGUGUGUAUGUGUCUCUGUGUGUUUAUAUGCAUAUACUAUUGUGUAUAUAAUUGACAAAGAUUACACAUAUGGUGCCUUGCCUUCUGUGUAUUUUGCACUGUCCUAUUUGAAGGUAUUUUAUUCAUCCAGCGUCCGUUUACAAUGUAUUAUCACAUAAAAUAAUUGUUUCAACAUCCCUUUCCUUGAACAGCUUUCUCUGCGUUCCAUUAUAACACAUUGCCACACCGGGCAAAGUUUAGCCUCCUUUAUCAACACACCGUAAAACUUAAAGCGUAUUUUCUACUGAGGGACAAACAACUUGCCCUAUGAGGGCUUAUUGUUUAAGGGUUAGGUAGGGGAAAUAGAGACAUUUUCAGUGAUGGUGGGAAAAGAAAACCUAAAAGCCUCUUGAUUUGUGUUUAAAAAAAACAAACAAACAAACAAAAAAACAACUAAUCUACACAGACAUAGAAAUAUGUCAACGUGCUGACCAAGCCACAUUUGAGGUGAUAUCUUAACUAGACAAUUAUAGUUAUUCCCUUUAAAGUAGAUUUUAAAUUUAACCCCUUAAGGACCAAACUUCUGGAAUAAAAGGGAAUCAUGACAUGUCACACAUGUCAUGUUGUCCUUAAGGGGUUAAAGGAACACUCCCAACACCAUAACAACUUAAUCAGAGGUCCCUGGCGCCGGAUGUCCUUUAGGAGUUAAACUGUUCGUUAAUGGUUUAACCCCAAAGUCUUGAAUCCAGCACUGGUUAGCUUGGCCCCAGUCCAUCCAUUGCUCUUAAAUUCAUGAAAAAAGAAGCCUCUGCAAGGGUGCUGAUGAUUGGCUGAGAGCGUCAGUUGAUACUCAACCAAUCAGUAGUAGAGUUGAGCGAAACAAGCAAACAAACAAGCGUUUGACUUGUGUGCCCUUAGAAGCCAUCACAGCCAUGCCUAUUAAUGGCAUGGCUGUGAUUGGCCAGUGCAGCAUGUGACCCAGACUCUAUAUAAACUGGUUACUUAGAAUUUGUAAAUUAUGCCCCUACUAUACUGCAAGCCUGUGGCUGCUCACUGUUAAAAAAACAAACAUUCAGUGGGGGCUUUUAAACUAAAGGGGGGACCUAUUGCCCCCACCCCUGAGCGGUGGGUGGGGAACCCUAAAUAUCAAUAAGGGGGGGGGGGGACCUAUUUUCCUCCUCCCAGCCCCUAGCCCUGAACGGGGGAAAUAUCAAUAACGGGGGGAACUAUUGUCCUCCCCCCCUGUCCCCACCCCUGAGCGGCGGGUGGGGGCCCUAAAUAUCAAGGGGGGACCUAAUGUCCUCCCCCUUGUCCCCACCCCUGAGCGGCGGGUGGGAGCCCUAAAUAUCAAUAAGGGGGGACCUAUUGUCCUCCCCCCGGCCCCCACCCCUGAGAGGCGGGUUGGGGCCCUAAAUAUCAGUUGGGGGGGGGACACACCUAUUGUCCUCCUCCCAGCCCCCACCCCUGAGCAGCGGGUGGGGACUCUAAAUAUCAAUAAUGGGGCAGGGGGACACCUAUUGUCCUCUCCCCGGGCCCCCACCCCUGAGCGGUGGGUGGGGCCCUAAAUAAAAAUUCCCACGUUAUUAGGAGCUAUCUAUUAUUAUGUUAUUUAUAGAGCGCCAUCAAAUUCCGCAGCACUUUAAAAUGGGUGGAUGAACAGACAUGUAGUUGUAACCAGACAAGUUGAACACACAGGAACAGAGGGGUUGAGGGCCCUGCUCAAUGAGCUUACAUGCUAGAGGGAGUGGGGUAAAAUGACACAAAAAGGUAAGGAUAGUAUUAGACUAGUGACAGUUGCAGAAGAGGAAUCAGUCAGGAGUUAUUAGCAGUUUAAUUGAUACGCUUUUAUGAAGAAGUGGGUUUUUAACAAUUUUUUUUGAAGGAGUGGAGACUGGGUGAGCAUCUAACGGAGGAGGGAAGUGAGUUCCACAGGAAUGGUGCAGCCCUUGAUAAAUCUUGAAGGCGAGCAUCAGAGGUGGGAGUACGGACAGAAGGUAGACGUAAGUCUUCAGCAGGUCGUAAGGGCCUAGACGGGACAUACUUGUGUAUAAGGGAGUAUAGAUAGGUGGGAGCAGCAUUAUGUAGCGAUUUGAAAGCAAGAACUAGAAUUUUAAAUUGAGCUCUAUAUUUUAUAGGCAGCCAAUGUAGGGACUGACAGAAGGGUGAGGCAUGGGAGGUGCGGGCGGACAGGAAGAUGAGCCUUGCUGCCGCAUUCAUUAUGGACUGUAACGGCGCAAGUUGGGAGCACGUAAGACCACUGAGAAGCGGAUUACAGUAGUCAAGGCGAGAAAAGACAGUGGAAUGGACCAACACCUUAGUCACAUCUGGCGUUAAGUAGGGGCGGAUGCGCGCAAUGGUUUUGAGAUGGAAAUGACAGGAUUUGGCGAUAGAUUGAACAUGAGGUUUAAAGGAGAGGUCGGAGUCAAAGAGAACAUCUAGGCAGCGAGCAUGUGUGGUGGAGCUGAUGGUAGCACCGUUGACUUGGAGGGAGACAGACACAGGAGUAACAACACUUGAGGCUGCUUAUUUUAUGUUAUUUUAAGUGAUUUCCCUAUCCACAUUUGUUUGAAGGGCACUUGUCAUACUCUUACCCCCAUUUUACUUCCUCUUGCAGCCCUCUAGCCCUUUCCAGGAUUUUUUUAGAGCCAUUUUUGUGCCCAAAAGUUCAGGUCCCCAUCCCGAACCCAGACUUUUUUUCGAAGUUCGGCCGAACCCGCCGGACCGAACAUCCAGGUGUCCACUCAACUCUAAUCAGUAGCUAUUCACAAGACUCGCAAAACUGCGUACGCUUCUCAAGCCGAUUUGUGAUUGGGGAGCUACUGAUUGGCUUAGAGCGUCAGCUGACACUCUACCAAUCAGCAGUGACCUUGUUUGAGGCUUCCAGUUUCAAAAAUCAGACUGAAAUCAGAGGAAAUAGCAAAGCUAAACUGCAAUGGAUUUAAGACAUUGGGGUUAAACCAUUCAUAAAUGGUUUAAUCACUAAAGGUAAGAUGGUGCCAGGGACUUCCUGGCACAAAAGUUCAUUCCAAUGAAGUUGUUGUUUAUGAAAGAUCCCUUGAAGGUCAAAAUAGACUAACUCGAAACAUUUUCCAAGUCAGCUAUGCUUUUAGUUUGGCUAAUGUGGCUUUUAAUUUGAAAUUCGUUUUGUUGAAAUUCAGGACUUUGAUGUUAUUUUAGAGAGGUUUAGAAGUUUUAUCAAGAGCUGGUUAUCAUUGAAUCAUUGAUGUAAUGUUGCCCAUAAUUGCUUAGGAGUGUCUUUGCAUGAGGAGUUAUUCAUUCUUAAAUUAUGACUCAAAAGGUAUUGGGCCCUCACGUAAGGAUGCUAAGAUUGAAGGAGUCACCACCACCUUGGCUAAAGGCUUCACCAAGGUAAAGGGUGAAUGAAGAAGGAAGGUGGAUACAGCCAUGCACGUUCAGCUGUAUGGCCGCCAUGCCUAUUAUCUAAACUAUGAAUUCUAGCUAAUUGUAAUCUGAAUAGCAUUAAUAGGGGCAAACAUAGCCAAUUUAAAGAAACACUCAAAACCAUCCAAAGUCACACAGUGACUUUCCUCCACUUCAAAUGUCGGAACUUUCAAAAUAUUUAGUUUGCUGAGUACGCAACGUUUCUGAGCAUAAACCACAAACAAACCAACGUUAAACAAUUAUUUCUAUUAGGUUGCAGAACUAUCAGUCACCGUUUUGUUUCUUUCAAUUUGUCCAAAUUCUAAAUCUUGUUGCAUCUUUAGACUUUACUCAUCCAUUCACUGCUGUGACUGUCUUAUAUGCUGGCAUGGGUGGAGAAGUCUACACGCAUUUACUACAAUCCCUGCAAGGACGGAGUUCAAAGACUAUCUUCCAGAAGAGGGAGAGGUCCCAUUAUAUGCAUUUGGAAAAUUAUGUUUUUGAUUAAGGGAACAUCUUCUGACUCUAUUACCCACAAAAAGUCUAAUUUCCUCAUAAUUUCAUAAACUCAUAAUUUGUUGAUUAUUAAAUCCUUAUGGAAUAGUAAGCCAACCAUAAAUUUAGAGAAGUAUAUGAAUUUUUAGGAACUAGUCAAGUGUUUUUUGGGGUUUUUUUUUUGUUCCUAAUAUGAAAUAUUUUGUUUUGUCUAGGCUGAUGCGUUCCAACGUCCUAAUCUAUCUGUGCGUGGAGUUUUGGCCAAAGCUGCUUCUCUUCCUCCUGAUAGUCUAUCCCCGGAUUUCACAAGGGUGAUUUCAGGAGCACCAGUUGAAGGUAUUUCUCCUCUUCGACCAUCUCCAGCUGGAUCCCCGCGCAGCCGUCCUAUCCAGACCAGUUCCUCUAACCUUUAUCUAUGUCAGGACAACUUUAAUAAAAACCAGUGGUGCAACCAAGACACUACUGUAGUAACACAUGAGCAGUUCAAGACGGCACUUCGCAUGGUGGUGGACAAAGGAGAUCCACGACUACUGCUGGAGGACUAUGUAAAAAUUGGAGAAGGUUCAACAGGAGUGGUCUGCAUUGCACGGGAGAAACACAGCGGACGUCAGGUAGCAGUGAAAAUGAUGGAUCUCCGAAAACAGCAGAGAAGAGAGCUUCUGUUUAAUGAGGUGGGUUUUUUACUUCUCCAGUAUCUCCAUGGGCAACUACUAUCUUGGUCUUGAAAUAAAUUGUAAUAUUAACCCUGCAAAGGACCAAUAACCUAUCAGACAUGUCCUGUAUAAAGGGAUUUGCCUAUCUUCUAGUCCAUCAGGGGUAAAUAAGAAUGUGUACAUACUAUUUAAAUAUUUUAACUGAACUUAUAUGGAGCCAUAUAUUCCUGCAAAUCACGAUGCAUUGCAGCUCUGAGAAAUUGAGCAUUGCCUACUCUACCUCUUGUCUCUGUUCUAUUUUGUAUGUCACUUACGUGUCAGAUAUCCCUAUUCUGUGAUUGUAAAGUGCAGCCGAAUAUGCUGACACUAUAAUAAUAACAAGAGACCCAUUUGGUGACAUCUGGAUAAUUUAUGUAUUUUGUUAUGGGUACCAGAAUAAUCAAUGAACAAUCCGUAUUUAAACAUGGGGUACAAUUCAUGAACUGUUGGGUGGACUAAUCAAAAACAGUGUCCGCAUGCUCCAAUUUUUAUGUCCAUUCAUCCUCUACCCAUGGGUAAAGGCUGUGUUUUUUUUGUUUUUUUUUUUCUAUUGGGUGAAUUUGUAAUAGACGGUGCAGGAAACACUGCCCAUGCUCUCGUAUAAUUGAAGGGAAACUAUAGUGUUAGAAAUGCCAAGUUUCUAGCAUUAUAGUGUCCCCUUUACUCGCCCCCCACUCCUUGUCCGUUCUCUGAAUCCAGCGCCGAUGUCCCUUGGCGCUGGGUCAGGGUUCUCCUUCCCCAACGCCAGGUGAUAUUGGGGGCAUUAUACACAUGCAGUAACUCCAAUAAUUACAAUUGCAGAGUUAAAAUGACAGGGAAAGUGCACACAGAACACUUGAAUGAGAUGAAGCGGUCUGGGUGCCUAUAUUGUCACUUUUAACCCCUCACCAUUUUUCCUAUUAAGUGAGGAGUGUAGGAGAGAACUUAAUAAAUGGCUUGUAAUCACAUUGUUUCAGUGUGCGUCCUGUCUUUAUAAAUGGUCCUUCCACUCCUGUAUUGCUCACAGGUUGUCAUUAUGAGAGAUUACCAGCACACCAAUGUAGUGGAGAUGUACAAGAGUUAUCUGGUGGGAGAAGAGUUGUGGGUUUUGAUGGAGUACGUACAAGGAGGAGCUCUGACUGAUAUAGUAUCACAAACCAGGUAUGUUUAAAUGUCUGAAUAUAUUGGCAGCAUGUAUACCGCAAUAUUUGGCUUGAAGCACUCUGUUUGCAUACUUUGCUAGAGCUCUUUAAUGUGUUUUACUGCAAACACUAGAAUGCCUUACUUAAAUAUUGAGUUGUAAAUUAAACUUCCAUGUAUAUUCCAACUCUUUCAACCAUUGGAAUGUGCUGUGAAGCCUUCUGGCACUCCAGUGUGUGACUCCUCUUCUGUAUACAGGCACUGCCUGGUUUACUAAAUUUUUUGGGAAAAAAAAAUCUAAAAAUGAAAAGGUAAAUCUGUCCUGUGUUGCCUUCUUUGUACUGCUGUCUCUGCGCUUUACCCUUCUGAUCACAUGUAGACCUCCUGUUGCGCCCCACUAGUACUCGGUCUAUUUCUGUUUUCUCAAUGCUUCCAAACGUCCUCCCUGCUGUCUCCUACUGUCCAAUACGGUCAUCUAGGAAUUUCUGUGUGACACCCUACCGUACCCAUGCUGUCCCCUGCAUUACCAGUGUUUCCUUGUAGCAGUCCAUCAGUUUUUGUGUAGCUCCCCAGCUUUGCACUUUUUUUUUUUUUAUUCUUUAUUUUGUCAUGCGUAAAUGGUACAAAAAGUACCUAUUCUGCCACAACAGCAGAGAUAGGUUAUAAACAGGCAUACAUUUGUGUGACAAAGAGUUAUUAAUUAUUAUACAGCACUUUUUUGUGAAUCUACUGCGUUUGAUAGGGCAUGUCAGAGGUUAAAUGAGAUCUCCCUAAGGUGUACAAGACAUGUCAAUUCUCAUGAGUAAUAUCAAGCCUGAAAUUAAGGUUGGAUUCGUGGUUCUGAGACUAUGUGUGCAGAGAAGAUGCUUUGGUUGUAGGUAGGUAUCAUUAGUGGCUCUGAACCAUGUUCUUAGUAUACAGUACCAUGUAGAUCCUAUAUGUGGGAUUAAUUCCGGUGUGGGAGGCUGCGUAUCUGUGGUAAGGUUUUGCAGUGAUCGCGUGUGUAUUUGCCAUCCCUUCGGAUGCAUUUUCUCAGUGUGGUGCUCAGUGAUAGGUGUGUACUGUUUGAUACCCCUAACCAAGGGGGCCAGCGGGGGGGGGGUUGUCAUCUCGUCUACUGGAUGUGUACGAGUUGGCGCAGUGGUAGGUGUCUGCGGUGGAUUCAGGGCCCUUAAGGGGGGGGGGUCCCUGUGUCAGGUACAUGUAGGUAGGAAACCCUUUCAUUUAUGUCAGGAUUUGACCUGCGCCAUGCUGUACAACUUGUGAACCAUGAACUGAUGUAUAAACAUUCUUAAUAUAAGUAUAGGCAUAAGUCUCUAUCAUUCGAGCCCUAAUUUGAGCUGCGCUAUGCUGAGUAACAUAUCAACAAGUAAAUAAACAUUCUAUUGUUAGUGGUGUCCGUAGAGCCCAGUUAUUCAUACUCUUUAUGCAGUGUCCUUGGGAUUGUUUCUUUCUGCUGCAUUCAUGUGGACUGUUGGUGUGCUGGGGCGGUGCAUGGGAUGAAGGACACUAUUAUCCGGGUCCCAGGUUCCUUCUAAGGUUUGUGUGUCCGCCGCUUUCAGUCCUAGAGUUUCAAGAAAGGUCGGGGCUUCUGCAAGAGAGGUAAGUGUGUGGGUAGUCCCGAUGUGAGUGGCCAGCAGCGAUCCUGGUGCCCCCCACCUGUAGCUCAUGUUGGCUGCUUGCAGUUGUUGGGUCACUGGGUGGAGUGACCGGCGCCAUUGGAGGGUGGCCCUCGUUAAGUCUUGAUAAAAGGUUAGGCUGGAAUUCUCAAAUGAUAGUGGGGUUUUGCCCCGCAGUGCCGCCAUUAUCUGUCCCUUGUCUAGUGAGGAUAUACAGCGUAGGAUGACAUCACGUGCUGUUUGUGAGGGAGCUCUUGGGGGGCCUGCUACCCGGUAUAUGCCGUCGGUUACCAGUUUUCUUGCCAACGCUGGAGGUAAUAUUAUUGCUAUUAGCCUUCUUAUGUAGUGUGGCAGCUCUUCUGACGUGACACUCAUUGGAAUGCCGCGGAUUUUGAUAUUAUUGCGUCUAUGGCUGUUCUCGAGGGCAUUCAGGUGUAGGGUCAGAUUGUGUUGGGACUUUUGGAGCUGUUGCACCGAGGCCUGUAAGCUUGUCAAAUUUGUUGUGACUUCUGUCAUGUCAGCCUCUGUGGCGCGCACCCUGUCGUUUGUGCUUUGUAAGUCAGCUCUGAGUCCUGCAAGCUCCUUCGCCAGCAUUUUGUGGAAAUCAUGCAGGAGUAUCUGCAGGUCAUGUUUGGUCGCUGGUGGCGAUCCCCCUGGGGGAGCUGGUGGUAUGGUGCCGAAGUUGGUGCUCCCUGGUUCAUCAGUGUGGUCCAUUUGUGUGGUAGCUGUCUGGCUUUCUUCUGGGGCCGGUUUGGGCCUAGCAGGUCGUUGUAACAUAGCCCCUAUGUCUCUCGCUUCUGUCUGGUUGCUGGCUUUCUGGGAACGUCGUCCCAUGGCAGGCAUGUGGUCCACCGGACUGAGAUGGUGUUCGGUAGUCAAGUAAGGUGCCAGGCCUUGGUAAACUCCGCCGAGGGGCGCCUUCAGGUCAGGCAGUGGCUGCGUGGAGUAGGCCCUGGCUCGAUGUUGCCGCUUUGGUGUUGUCUUUUUUAAAAAGAAGGGCAUUGAUCUAUGCAGCUCAGUGUCGCAAGUCGGGGUAUGGGUCUAGGAUGGUGGGCUCUAUGGAGAUUCUCCAGAUUGAGGCGAGAUAGUAGAGAUUAGAGCCGGAGCUGUCAGCAAUGGCGUCUGAUCAGCUCGGUGCUUAGCUCCUCCCCCCCCCAGCUUUGCACUUUGAACACAGUAAAGAAUCGCCUUGAUCAUUGGUCAGUUGCAAAGUCCUCAAAAUCUUAAAUUGUAUUGCCCAAGACUUCAGGAGAUUUCCCUGUUUCGGAAGCAUGUAAAAUCCAAUGUACUAAAUUAUAUCCAUUAUAGAGCAAGCAGAUUGAGACAAGUUAGAUUUAGGGAGCUACUUCCAGAUCGAUAAACCGUUUGGAAAACCCAAGUAGAAAUUCUUGUUAAGAAUGGUACCUGCUAUGAUUUCUACUCUUGUCGCUGUAAAAUGUCAUAACUUGGCAUUGACUUGUUUUUUUUGUGUGUGUGUUUUGCUAGAAAGGGCUAUAACCUAUAGUUUACCAUAAAGCAUUCUAGGAAAGGAUUUGUAUAUCCAUACAUUCGUUUUCUUAUACCAGAGCAAUAAAGAGUCUUAAACUUUACUUUAUCCAUGUUGCAGUAUGUGUGUCAUUUUAAGUUGCCCUCGUGUGUGUGUGUGUGUGUCACACUUGCUUGAUCUGAAGUUUGCAGUCAGAUCAUGGCUAACCGAAUUACCAGGUGGACCUUUAAUUGUGGAGGUAACCGGUCGAGGUAUAGCAGUUGCAGAAAAAAAAAAAGACUGAUCUAGGCAGACUCCAAAAAAAAGCUUGAGUAAAAAAAGAAAACCUAUAUAAUUGUUUUUUAAAUGUGUUGUGUUUUGUGUUUUUCUCUCUCUAUUGUAGGUUAAAUGAAGAGCAAAUUGCAACAGUCUCGAAGUCUGUACUGCAAGCUCUUGAAUACCUUCAUUCCCAGGGUGUAAUUCACCGGGACAUCAAGAGCGAUUCCAUCCUUCUCACAUUGGAUGGACGGGUGAGAUACUUCCCUUAUUUUCUACAAUCUUGCUAUUUGAUUGCUUCCAUCAUAAAGUUUUUGAUUUAUGACCCACGGCAUUUAGCAAAAUAAAGAGAAACAUAGAAUGUGACGGCAGAUAAGAACCAUUCGGCCCAUCUAGUCUGCCCAAUUUUCUAAAUACUUUCAUUAGUCCCUAGCCUUAUCUUAUAGUUAGGAUAGCCUUAUGCCUAUCCCACGCAUGCUUAAACUCCUUUACUGUGUUAACCUCUACCACUUCAGCUGGAAGGCUAUUCCAUGCAUCCACUACCCUCUCAGUAAAGUAAUACUUCCUGAUAUUAUUUUUAAACCUUUACCCCUCUAAUUUAAGUCGAUUUCCUCUUGUUGUGGUAGUUUUUGUUCUUUUAAAUAUAGUCUCAGCGAUGCGCAAUUCCUAUGGCUCGAUGCCCGGGACAUGCAAUUCUGGGCGCCGGGGCAGGUAGUUAAUUUUUUUAGUUUAGCCUUGCUUCGGGCUAGCAGCAGAAUGACUGGUCAGGUCCUUUGUCCAUGACAAAGGACCUGACCUUGGAAGGGAGCCCGGCGGCUUGCCCUGUCUGCCGCCGGGUGCGAGGCCCCUCCCAUCUGCCCAUGAAGAGAGCCAGCACAGUCUGCAGCAUUGCCUGCUGUAGGCUCAGCAGUGUAACUAAGCAUGUCAAUGGAUAUAAAUGGCCUCAUGAGGUUUCCUCAGUUAAUUAUAGUUCUAUUUUUUUUGAUAAAGAAAGCUACAAUUCUCACUUGGAAAUUAUUCUGUUUAAGUUCACUACCACUACUUGCAUUUGUUAAUUGCAUUGAAGUAUUGUUCGGUCUGUCUCCUAAAUUACUAUCAAUAAAUAAAUUAUUUAAAUACGGUUUUGAUAAAGAAAAAUAUUUUGUAUUAAGACAAGUAGAUUGGGCAAACUCUUUAGUCCCUCACAAGUAGUUUAUGUUGUUUUGUUUUUUAAAAUGUCAACACCCCUGAGUCAUCUCCUUUACUGUGUUGAUUCCUUUUACAUAUUUAAAUGUUUCUAUCAUAUCCCCCUGUCUCGUCUUUCCUCCAAGCUAUACAUGUUAAGAUCCUUUAACCUUUCCUGGUAAGUUUUAUCCCGCAAUCCAUGAACCAGUUUAGUAGCCCUUCUCUGAACCCUCUCUAAGGUAUCAAUAUCCUUCUGAAGAUACGGUCUCCAGUACUGUGUACAAUACUCCAAGUGAGGUCUCACCAGUGUUCUGUGCAAUGGCAUGAGCACUUCCCUCUUUCUACUGCUAAUACCUCUCCCUAUACAACCAAGCAUUCUGCUAGCAUUUCCUGCUGCUCUAUUACAUUGUCUGCCUACCUUUAAGUCAUCAGAAAUAAUCACCCCUAAAUCCCUUUCCUCAUAUGUUGAGGUUAUGACUCUAUCAAAUAUUCUGUACUCUGCCCUUGGGUUUUUACGCCCAAGAUGCAUUAUCUUGCACUUAUCCACAUUAAAUUUCAGUUGCCACAAUUCUGACCAUUUCUGGAGUGUAACGAAAUCAUUUGCCAUUUGGCUUAUCCUUCCUGAGUGGGGUUCAUGGGAUUAAAAAGGAUUGUAAAAUUGUACUAUGUACUAGACAAUUUUUAUCAACUCAAUCUACUACUUGGUUUAGCUAUAGCAUGUACUCAUGGUAUAUGGACAUAAGAUGUAUCCGAACUCCUAUCACUUGCAAUCUGUUUAGACAGAAUUUAUAGUACAAAAAAAGGACUUUGUUUGUUUGUUGUGACAGUGUACCCCUAACCAUAUUUGUACACUUCUAAAAUUGGACCCUAUAGCAACAAGAUGUGCACAUACUUUAUAUGUCGUUGUCAUUUAUUAACCGUUUUGCAAGCCAAUAUUUCCUGACUCCAUCAUCUGCAAACGGAAUUUAUUUCCAGAAAACUAAACCUUAUAAACAAAUGACUUAUAAUACAUGAUGUGUGAAUUUUCUUACUAUUUGUUUUGUAGAUCAAACUUUCCGACUUUGGAUUUUGUGCACAAAUCAGCAAAGAUGUUCCAAAGAGAAAAUCUCUAGUGGGUACCCCAUACUGGAUGGCACCUGAGGUCAUCGUGAGAUCUUCGUAUGGAAUAGAGGUAAUAUUAAAAUAACAUAUUCUUCAUCAGAAUCUCUUGUCCAUUGUCAUCCUUCAGACCUCACUAUGCAUCACCUUGUAAGCUUUAUAUCUCUCCUCUGAUUAGAAAACCCAGCAAUAUUCAGGAUGGAUUCAGUUAGACAUAUCGGCCAUCCUGUUCGCCUAAACGUCACAGACUAACCAAUAAUACAUACACAUUGAUUACUGUGCAUAAAUGGUAUGUCUAUGUGUAGACAUUAUUUUCCUCCAACACCCAGACUAGAAUCUCAGAAUUUACCUACAUAAAAUACUUUUGGCACCAUGAAUUCAUUUCAUAAUUGGGAUUGAGAAUUUUUAGUCUGCAGCAGCAAUGAGGAAUGUCCUACUGGUAAAAGCACAAAUUGUUUUGCCAACUGUGCUUAUCCAUUUCUAAUUUACUGGACUGGGUGGAUUUCACUAAAUGACUGAUCCGUGUAUAAAUAAUAAAUCUGUACUGAACGUGAGCGGGUCUGUUCCCCUAGGGAUGGAGAUUAGAAAUGGACGGAUGUGUGGAUUGUUCUGUCUGGAUUAUAAAGCGCUUUGUGUGGACCUCAUACAACACACAUUACUAAUCCAUAUAUUUCAUAUUGCUGUGAUAUUUCGGCAGGUGGAUAUCUGGUCUCUAGGUAUUAUGGUCAUUGAGAUGGUGGAUGGCGAACCGCCGUAUUUCAGUGAUUCUCCUGUUCAGGCUAUGAAAAGGUUGCGUGAUAAUCCUCCCCCCAAAUUUAGGAACGCUCAUAAGGUAAGUCAGUCACUUCAUCUAAGGGAAAAAAAUGUGUGUGUGUUUUUUCAAUAACAGGAAAUUAGAAAAUAUUUGCUAGAGCUAUUGAAUACCAGAUUAAAGUACUUGUGUAAGCAAUCAUUGGCCACACCAGUGUUUAGCCUUUUCUGACUAAUAUAGUAUGUGGCUUUAGCUUGAUGACCGUUAUUUAAUAUGAAAAAUUUACUCAGCAGCCCGUUCCUGGAAGUGAGGUGAGUAAUUCUUUAUUUUUCAUUUUUUCAGUAGCAAAGGGAAGUGAACCUACAGUUCUAAAACUGAUAACUUUUGGUACUGCCAGUUCCCUUUAAACAUAUUGUAUGUUUCCAAUGCGUUGUUUUGAUUUACAUGGUAUGAUAAGACACCUGUAUGUUCCAGGAUCCUCUAAUUCACAGCAACACUGUACCCAAAAUUUCUCGGACAUUCCGCAUCAGCUAGCUCUGUAAUAACAUUUUAAGUAAGAUUUUAAACUACAAUUAAAGCAGAUCUGUCACCCUAAGUCUACCUUUCUCCAAUUGAUUCCUCUUCCCUUACUCUAUCCUAAUCUGUAUAAAUUUAAGGCAAUCUCUACUUUCUCUGUCAAGAUUCAUCAAGUUCCAUUUUCCUGGAGUACUCUCCUCCGGGUCGCAUCCCUUGCCUAUAAUGACAAGCCUCAGUCAUUCCCCGAGGGUCGCGAAUGCCCAGUACAUAUUUGCCUCUUGGUUUCUGGGCAUGCUCAGUGAGCAUAUCUCCCAUAGCACUGGAGUAAGGGCAAACAAAAACAGACUACUAGUCACUGCCAGGAUAAUGAACAUUGUGCCCGCUUGGAUUAGGAUGGGUUACAUGGGAGCAGACCUUUAAGAAGCUAGAGAGUCAAAGAAGGGGGUACAGUGAAAAAAGUAUGAAUGAUGACAGAGCCUCUGUAGUGUGUGUGUGUGUGUGUGUGUAUCAGUUUGUGUAGGAAUUUUUAUGUUCUGUUGAAAGUCCCUUAUGGCGCUGUAUAAGUAAUUUAGUACGAGGGCAGUAUUAGGUUUAGACUUGUUUUAAUAAUAAUCUACUGUAUAUUUAGAGCUAGUACCUUUUACUCUGAUUUAAGUGUCCUGUGGUGGAAUUAAAUACCAGGGGGGAAUGAACACCUCUUAAAAUAAGUGUAAAAUGAGUUUGCUUUCCCUUUUCUUAUUGAAAUGCCUUAAUUCAAUGUACUAUCUUAAAAUAAAUUGCUUUCCCUUAAGAAAAUAAGGCCUGGGUGCUAUAUGGCACAGUUAUGCCAGAUGCUGUGUUGAAAUUGAAACUGUGACUUUCAGUGUGGAACUGUAGUGAAUGUUCUAGCAACAUUUUAAAUAAAUGCUAUCAUCUGGAUGAUACUUUCAUGCCAUUUUAUAUGUCUGAUAAUGGUUACAAAAUCUGCCAAUUGAUCGGCCACAACAUUGAAACUACUGACAGGUUAAGUGAACUACAUUGAUUAUAAUGGCACUUGUCAAGGGGUAGGAUAUGUAGGGUUGUAUGAACAGUCAGUUCUUAAAUUUCACGUGUUGGAAGCAGGAAAAUGGGCUACUGAAAAGACCUGAGUGACUUUGACAAGGGCCAAAUAGUGAUGGCUAGACAACUGGGUCAGAGCAUCUCCAAAACAGCCUACCUAGUGAUUGUUGCAGAACAUUUACACCCCUUUAUGGCAAUGGUGUUCCCUGAUGGCAGUGGCCUCUUUCAGCAGUAUAAUGCACCCUGCCACACUGCAAAAAAUGUUCAGGAAUGGUUUGAGGAACACGACAAAGAGCUCAAGGUGCUGCCUCGGCCUCUAAAUUCCCCAUACAUCAAACUGAGCAUCUGUGGGAAGUACCGGAACAACAAUUUUUAUCCACGGAGGCCUCACCUCACAACAUGCAGGACUUAAAAGGAUCUGCUGCUAAUGUCUUGGUGCCAGAUACCACAGGACACGAUAAGAGCUCUUAUAAGAGAGCUUUUUUUUUUUUUUUUUUGCAGCAAGAGGGGGACCUACAUAUUAGGCAGGUGGUUUUAAUAUUGUGGCUGCUCAGGGUAUAUACUCUAAAGGAUGCCACUGAUCUCUCUAAUUUUUUUACGUUUUAAAUGCAAUUUUCUUAUUUGAGAUUCUCACUGAUCAGUCGGUCAUUCCAUAUUGGGUUAAAUUUGCUUUGUUUUUGUUCCCAAACGUAUAGGUUUACGUAUGUAAUUUUAGUUUAAAAGUAUCCAAUAUCUUGUAAUAUUGAGCUAGUAUGUAAGAAAUAUUGACAGCUUGCCUAACAAAAUAUUUGGCCUUGAGCACUCUAAUGGUGCCGAGACAUGCAUAUUCAGAACAGGAAAUAUUACAAUCUAAUGGUAGGAGAAUUUAUAUCUCACACAUUAACACAUAAAAGAAAAAAAACUAAAUUAAAGUUGGCAUUGGCAAGCUACCGCGGGGAGGGGGGGCUUCCAGUAGUGGGUAGUUCGGAAUUAAGUAAACAGGAAAUUGUGGAAUUUAUAUUUGUGUCACUUUGACUAAUUCCAGCUGCUAGCAUUUCUAAUAGACACAUUGAUGUAACAUGCCCGUGUUGCCAUAACAAGAUAAAAUGAAUCUUUUUGCAUUUUUUAAUGUGUUUUUCAAACUAAUUAACAUAUAUUUGACCAAUUCUUCUUUUUUAUUUUUCUUAUCCUGUGCUUAUAGAAACAUAGAAUGUGACGGCAGAUAAGAACCAUUCGGCCCAAUUUUCUAAAUACUUUCAUUAGUCCCUGGCCUUAUCUUAUAGUUAGGAUAGCCUUAUGCCUAUCCCACGCAUGCUUAAACUCCUUCACUGUGUUAACCUCUACCACUUCAGCUGGAAGGCUAUUCCAUGCAUCCACUACCCUCUCAGUAAAGUAAUACUUUAUACCUGAUAUUAUUUUUAAACCUUUGAAAAUUAGUGUUGCGAACGCACAUCUAGCAUGAAUGUGUCUUAAACACAUAAGUGUUAAUGACAAUCAGAACCAACCAAAGUGAUCAGUACAAUCAUUGCAUUUCUCCCCUGAUUCACAUUUGGGUAAACAAAAAAGUCUUAAUGAUUCAAAGAUCUCAACCUAUUGGUGCACUUUAGUCCUAGAUGGGACUGCUUGGACAUGUCACUGUAAGUAGUGUACUUUGGCUCUAAGAGGUAUUGACUCCUUGCAUAUGUCACUGUCACAUUGGCUGAGAAGAGAGUUGUCUUGAAUAGGCUGCUACAAUUCUCCUUUCAGAUAAGAAACUUUUUGUUCGAAUUUUUGUCAAUUGUUUGCACUGAUCUCCUGUGUUCUGUCCCUAGGCUUCACCCAUUCUAAGAGAUUUCCUGGAGAGGAUGUUGAUUCGAGAAGCAUCAGAAAGGGCUACAGCACAGCAACUCCUGGACCACUUUUUCCUGUUACAGUCUGGACUCCCAGAAUGCCUGGUUCCUCUGAUCCAACAGUAUCACAAGAGAAACUCCAACUGUUAG